AUGGCACUAUCACUGAAGAUAAAUAUUGUGAAGAACAGUGCUAUCAAGACAUUACAGGUACACUGCAUCUCUGUGACUUUGACUUCAACUUGUUGAUUGAAAUGCAUCAUUAUCUUUUUUGCUUGUUUCAAUCAACUAUUCAAAAACCUUAAUUAGUUUAAAGCUAUUUGCAGGUAAAAGGUUUCUAGUACUUAGUGUUUUGUCUACACACAGCUGUAAAUACAACAUAACAUUAGUUGGUCAUAAGACAGUGUCUGAUUAACAACUGCAUCGCUCAGUGGAGAUUGGAGUGCCUGUGAUUACCAUGUGUUCCACUGGUGGCCACCCAGCAAUUCCCUAGACCGAGUACCAUUGCCAUGGCUGGUAAUAAAUCCUUCCAUGGUUGUUUUCAAGUUUUUAUACAGAACAGUUGGGGAAUUUCUAUUAUCACUGCUUGAAUGAGCGUAGGAAACUUACCAAGUUUGAAGAUUAUGCAUCCAACGUGAGCAGAGAUAUUGUGACACAAAUUCGUAAAAUUUUACAGAUGUUUGUAUAGUUGGGGCGCAAACUUGCCCCCCCCACCAUACAAACGUCUGCUACUUUGCAGACCUUUAUCUUCAUUAGUUUUCAACAAAUGACUUUUAACCUUGGCAACUUUAAUUUCAAAGCCUCCUUUUUAGUAAAGUUGACAGAAUUGCGCUAACUGGUCACAGUCAAAGUUGAAAAAACCAUGGAAGGCCAUCUAUCCCCACAACCUUGAGCCUCGUGGUCCCCAUGCAAGGCUGCCAGCUAGGCACCUACAUGUACUUUGUUUGUUCAGUAACUAAAAUGGUUCCUUGUUGAGGUGUAUGUUUUUCCCAAAAAGAAUUAUUUCCAGUUCUGUCAGUGCAAGGAAAUGUUGUUGUUGUCUGAAAUAAUGAAUUUCCCUGUCUAUUGUUACCAGUUUAACCCAGAGGCUACUGUUGCUGAGGCAUUAAGGAUCAUAAGAGAAAGAGUUCAUGAUGCUACACCUGGAAAAAGUAAGAAAAACAAACACAAUUUUUUUGUUUCCUUUUUCUCACUUGGUACAGGCAGGGUUCAUACGGAGUUUUGAAUUCUUGAAAAAGUUUUGAAAAAGUCUUGAAAUUUGCCCAGAGAGAUAAAGUCUAGAAAAAUGGUUAAAAGUCUUGUUUUUUUUUUCAAAGCUGUGAUUGCUUUAUAAAUGAAUUUUUUUUGUUUGGUUCAAAUCUUAUUCAAGCUUGGCCUCGUAUGUUUGCAGUGUAUCAUGAAAAAAGCUUUGCUUUGCUUUUUUAAAGGUCUAUAUUGAUCACCUAUUUGAUAAACUUGGAAAAAUGAAUAAAUUGUUUUGGAAUAAGAUGUGGAAAAAGUCUGGAUCCAAAAAUCUGUACAAAGCCUGUACAGGUUAAUGCUCCACAAGUCCAAGACCAGCAUUCAUUAAAUUGGUUUUGAGGUUACAAUUAAUUUCUAGAAUCAUUUAUCACUACACUACAGCUGUACAAGAAGUUGCAUCUGGCCACUAUAUUUCUCCAGUUGAGGAUUUUUUAAUUUUGAGCCCCGGUAAGAUAAGUGAAGAAGUCCAGAUCAGUAAGAGAAAGGAAAAGGAUUACAUGUACAUAUACAGUACAUUCAAGCUCUGUGAUGAGACUGUUGCACAAUGAUUUUGCAAUAACCAAUCAAAAAUGCAGUGUCCUUACCAGGAUUUUUUACGCUGGGGUCCACAGGACCUAUAGGGAAGAUAAAAAGGGGUCAUGAGGGAGAAAAUCAGCUUACAAUUUUUAGAGUCAGCUAACUCAAUAUUUUCACAGGUCUGAAUUCGAGUUAUUGGGGUCAACUGGAUGUCAGAGUUGCCAUCUUGAUAAUUAAUAGUUACUGAUUUUUCAGCACUUCAGUGUAUGGUACAUCGCAAAUUUAACUUACAAAUUUUGUCAGAAAUGGUAACGUGAUUAUUCUUUUUGUGAUAAAACGUGAUCUGUUUAUUGCACAAUCAAACUGCCGUAGUGGUUUUACUGUUUUACAACAAGAAGAGCUAAUGAAAUGGCAUCUGAGGGGAGUUAAAGAAUUUGAGUGAUCUGGGUAAAUUCAGUGAAAUUUUUAUCAAAGAAGAGUUAGCGAGGAAUGAGAGUUAUCUUCAGGAGUUCCAGUCAACUGAGUAAAAGUGGCUGAAAGGUGGGGUGAAAUUCCAAGGAAAUUGGACUUAGUUUGAGUUAGCACUGAGUUUGAGUUAUCUGAGUUCGAGUUAUCAAGGUGUAUAUUAUAAGGAAAUGUACAUAUUUGUACUUAUGUUUAUGUAUGUUUUGUAAUAAGUGUUUUUCCUUCCUUCCGCCCUUGAGACCCCUUGGGGUACAUGUAUUUAUAGUGCAGCAUUUCCUGAAAAAGUGUGAUAAUGGUGCAAUGCCGCAGUCUGUUAAGAACACUGAGCAUGUACAUCAUUAAAAUAAUAAAUACCUGACAGUAUUAAAGCAAAAUUUUCACUAAAAUAUUCUGACAAUAUUAACCAUCAACUCAGACAUGAUUUUGCACUCGGCUAUACAGCUGUAAGAUGAUAGUUGCUACUGGGCUACCUCAGAAUUGACAUCCUAGCUAAUCCACAAACUUGUUUUUAAUAAGUACAUCUGAAUACUGUAGCUGCAGUUAAGAUAAUAUGUACAUGUGAUUAUUAUUUUCUAGUAUCAGACUAUGGCUUGUUUUGGCAAGAUGAUGACCCAUCAAAAGGAAAAUGGUUAGAACCCGCAAGAGCACUCAACUUUUAUCCACUCAAGUCUGGUGUAAGUACACUGUAACAAAAUGCUAACCACCAUGUCUUUUCCUUCAGAAAAGCCACUCUUAGUCAGGGUUGUCACUAAGAUUUUAAGUUGCCGGGUAAAUACAACAAGUAGGCGGGGAAUCAAAUGGCUAGGGAUUUGUUUUGGUUCUAUUUUUCUACUAUUUUCCAAUAAAAGUAGCUGGGGGCCACUCUCUUAGUAGCCGGGGAAAAUCACCGGCCCCCGGCUCUUAAUGAUAACCCUGCUUAGUUAUUGUGAACACCAGAAAUAGUUAUUUCUGCAAUUUUAUAGUCUGAAAAGAGAAAGCCAAUCAGGCCAGAGAAAACUUACUGGAACAAGCAAUACAGUAAUAAUAGUUUAUGGUUUUGUUCCUUGCUUGCAUGUCCUGAACUUUGAUGUUAUUGGUCACAACACAAUAAAUAUGUUUUUCCGAUUUUGACAGUAAACCAUUGUAUAGUUUACCACUAAAAGUUGUUAAGCUGUUUUAAUUAAAGGGACACAGUCGGCUGGCAUGAUGUACCCGUGCAUUAAAUGCCAUUUCUUAGCUGAUUUGCACAUCAUAAGAUACACAAUCCAUACUGUUUUAACCAAAUAUGAUGAAGUAAUAUCAUAGGAUGAGAAAAGGAAUACUCUGCAAGAAGGUUUUCUGUAAAAUAUAGAAGAUGGAAUCCAAAACUAUAUUAAAAUGGAUUUCUAGAUGUAUAUGUAUCUGACAAGUACCUUUGAUUUCGGGUUGAGGUAAACACUUUUCAAAGUGGCAAAAGUAGUGUCCAGGUCAGCGCGGUUCCAAAGCCGACUGAUGAAAAUAGUAUAAAUCAAAUCUCAUACUCAUAGUUAUUCUCAUCCUUGAGUCUUAAAGUCUCUAUUGUACAAGUUCAGAUAGGUAGCAAUGAUUUUCUUUGUUUUCAGGACAUGCUUGAAUACAAGACCAAAGUAAGACAUCUCAAAAUAAAAUUUAUGGAUGGGUCUGUGAAAACGUUGCAGGUAAUUAAGUUGUGCCUAUUGUAUACACUCAGCUAUUAGAUCUUCAUGUUCAAUUUCUGUAGCUGUAAAUUGGGUUAAAAUAAUUUCACAAGAAACAUGUCUCAAGAGACAGGGCUUCUGAUAUUUUGCGCGGUUGUGGAGCUGGGAAAUUCAGCUAAAUCUGCAAAAUCCCGCGAAAUUCACAAAAACACGAAAAAUACCGGGAAAUGCAUUAGAAAUCGUGUACAUGUCUGUACAACAUAUUUGAAACUUAUUUCAGCUAUAGGGGCUAUUUAGGUGCCGUAAACUUGCACUGAAAUGUGCAAACAACAUCCCGAAACUACGAGGCACUAGCCAUAAUGUUAAAGGCUUUGCCAUUGGUUCAUUUCUGGAGCCUCGUUGUUGAAAGAGCAAAUGAUGAUCUCUGUCAGAAAAAUGUUAAAAACACUGGUCUGAUCCGCGCAAAACUGAUCAAUUUCUAGCGAAAUUUGCCUUGAAAAUAACCACAAAAUUGACCGUUUUUUACGGAUCCUUUUUGGUGAAGUUUGCCCCGAAAACUCCUGCGAAAUUACCGCGAAAUUGGCCGAUUGUUUGGCUAAUUUGUCCCUAAAAUCCCCCGAAAUUUGACUUUUUCUUCCGCGACCUAUCAGAAGCCCUGCAAGAGAGGCCAUAUGACUGAAUUAGGAGGUCUGUCUCUCAAUCAGUGAUUUUGUCACAAAUAGAACUUUAUGGUGAGUUCUGCAUGGGACUCAUCUUGAGAAAAAUCAUAGGUUCCAGCCUAGAACCAUUGAGUCCCAGAUCAAAAAACAAUGACUCCUAAAUUGAAAAUGCUUAGGCCUUUAUCUAACGAGACAGUUAAUGUGAAGAGAGACUCCAAAACUCUGUAAAUUACAGUUUAGUGGAAUAAAAAUGUGUUCCUUCUAUUGUGAAGCAACAAAGACUGAAAGAAAUAUGUGUUGUUAAACAACAGCUGUAAGAACAGCCACAGAAAUUCACCAAAUAGGAUAUUCUACAAAACUUCUUCAGAUCGAUCGAUCAAUUUUUGUGUCCUAUGGGAUGCGUCUUUGGAGAUUUUUAUGUGUCAGGUACGUAGAGGUUACAAAAUCACUUCUCGAUGCACAAUUUUUGUAUAAAAUGACAUAAGGUGAAAAGUGCCUUGCAAGAGCCUAAUCUGGGUCAGAGAGUGGCAGUGUGCAAAGAAAGUUGGUUUCACACUUCCCAUUCCGACUUAUUACAUUUCUUCUGUAAUUUGAAUUCCCCAAAGAACCUCUGAUCACUUGCCUGUUAGGCAAGUCAAGACAGAAUUCACUAGUCUGCUAGCAAAAUCCACCAACCUCAGGCUAUCAGACCCGCCUUUCUUUGCAUGCUGAGUGGUUCUUGCUCAGCAAGUUAAUUGUGAAGACGUACUGCCCUAUUUUGUACAUGUAUAACUUAAACAUUGUAGUCAGUGAAAAUUAAUAAAGUAGUGACUUAUUACUAAUAGUAAGUUUUGUUUGUUUGUUUUUUUUUUCAUUUAGAUUGAUGACAGUCACAAUGUUGGUCAGAUUUUAGACUCUGUUUGUAUGAAAAUGGGUAUGUCUAGUGUUUUUGCUGCCAAGGAGACAAAUUACUAUCAGGGACCGCGCAGAGGGAGGGGCUGGGGGGGCUUUAGCCCCCCCACUUUUUUGCAAGAAUAAAAAUAAAUUUAACAAAAAAAUAAUUUAACAAAAGUAACGGAGUGAAAAAUAGCAAAAAAUCGUUAAUUCGAAAGUGACCAGAGUUACUGGCAAAGACAAACGCGCAGAUAAAUAGACAGAAUGAAGCAUUAGUCGUUACAAUUGUAAAAUAUUUUUUCGCUUCUAACCUAGCAGAGGUAAACGUCUUUUAAAUGGCUUCUUUUUCCUGCGGACCUCUCAGGAAAACGCGUUGUUUCGUAAUUGGUCAAUUUCGAUCCAAAGUAAUAACUGGGUUUAGUUUAUAAGGCGAUUCUCAAACAAAUUGUUUAUUAGUUUCAACCUUGAUUUUUCGAAGAUCAUGAACUUAUUGUUUCUCUUGUUAUUGUGCGUCCUGAUUUUAGCUCGAUCAGCGCGAAGUCCGUCUUUUGAUGUCAGGCUUCACGGCUCGUUGAGCAUUCCAAUUGCAAGUUUUGUUGAACGCGGUCUGUUUAUAAAAACAUUUUGUCAUCGAAAGCACUUAAACCGCAGAAUUGUGUAUUACUAUAGCUCUGGUCAUCAAGAAACAUUCAAUCCGGCGGUUAUUACGAACAAAGAAGUGCACAUGGUACACGGCAACAUAAAUACGAACGACGAGACUUCACAUACCACUAGUAAUGCAAAGAAGAGACCUCUUAAAAUUUCUGAUUACUUUUCCAAACAAAAUGGAAAACCUUCUUUAUCUGGUGAGUAAACUCUGCAUAAUUUUUGCUACUUUUUUCUGAAUCUGUUCUAUAAUUGAAUUUUCAUUCACUAAAUUAUUUCCAGUUGCCGUGUAAAUAUUUUGAAUGAAUGAUUAAACAAUCAGUAUUGAACUCGUCUUUCGUAUGAUAUGAAGAUAUACAGAUCUAGGAGGGUGUUAUCCACCGGGCUCAAGCCCUCGGCUUUGGCGGAUAACCCCCUCGAUCUGCAUAACUCUUCAUAUCAUACUCAGCCUCGUGCAAUAAUUGCUCAGUAAUUAUACAGCCUUGAGUUCAAGGCAGCUUAAGCAAAAUCGUUGGAUUUCUGGCUUAUUUAUAGUAAUUAAAGGUUGAUAUCAGUAGUAUAACAUAACAAUCUAUGAUAUUUCAAUUUAGUGAUGGUGAAUUUUCAGACCCGAUAGCAACAUCACUGAAGAUGUGGAAAAAAAUCAAUAGUUUUAUCGUUAUUCGCAUUCUCCGUCACUUUAGAGAAAUUGAAUAGAAAUCCACAAGCAUGCCCCCCCCCCCCCAAAAAAAAAUUUUCCUUCACGCAUUCUUCUUUAGCCCCCCCACUCGAAAACUUGCUGCGCGGUCCCUGACUAUCCACUGUUUAACCCUUUAACCGGCAAUCGCAAUAAAACAUGUGUAUAAUUAUGACAUAAUGUAUGCAUUCCUGCAAGGAUUACCAAACAGCCUUUAUUUGAGUUUUCGGUAAUCAGGGAUCCAUAUUGUGCAGCUAAGUGGUCAUCCUUGACAACUAAAAAUUUGUACUGAUGAGUGAGACUCCACCUAGCUUGGAGCACUGCAAAGUCUCCUUAUUCCUUUUAGGCAAUAGCUACCCAGCUGUAUAGGAUAAAACACAGAUUAAAAUAUACCACGGAGGUACUGACAUCAAGAAUAACAAAUGUACAAUGUCUAACUUUUGUGAUGUCCUUACAGUGUGUGAUUGUUGUUCUCUUAGGUAUCACAAAUGUUGAAGAAUUCUCAUUGCUAGUUGAAGGACAAAAAGAAGAGAAAGAAGAAGUAGAAAAAACAGGAACACUCAAGCGGGUUUGUAUUCAUGAACAAGUCAUGAGAUAUUUCUGAAUUAGCACAGCUGUUGUAACCAACAACUUAUUUGGUAGAGUUUGAACAAAACGCAUUACUACUGGAACUGGUGGACCGCAAAUUCAGAGAUAUGUACAACAUCUUAUUGUGGCACCACGCAUUAGCAACUUACUUUAGGUCACAUGGCCUUGUUUGUCAAAUCAAAAAGGUGAACCCAGAUGGUUUUUCCUUUCCUUUCUCAUUGCUGAGUUCAUUGUUUGUGUAUUAGAGUUAUGCAACUGAAAGAACUUUCAUUGAUUGGCUUUCUGGGGACGUUUCGUUCUUUUCAGUUGACAGACAAUGCCAUUUUCUGACUUAGCCUAUGAAAAGCUCAUGAGUGUGACCUUUUGAGUUCAUCUUUUGGUUGAUAAAGCCAUGUGACCUAAGCUGUCAACUUUUGGCAUCAAAAUCAACAGUACCGUCAUUCUGAUCUUUGAAUAUUGUGGUCUAUCUGUUUUGGUACUGUGUAGAACCUAGUGUUCAGAGCAAGUUACUUUUUAAAGGCUGUGCUCUAAGAAAAACUAAAAGAAGCCCAGUGCUCUGAACCUGUGAAAUCCAGGGUGCCCAGCUGCACAUAACUAUGAUUUCUAUUAGAAAACUAAGAUUUUCUAGCACUUGGCAUAGGGGCAAAAGUUAGGUGCCUGAGGGCGACUGGGAACUGGUAGGACACAACCAGUUGUUUUUUAUUCCACCUUUCCACCAUUUUACAGUAAUAAUUUAUAAGGAAAGGAGAACACGCAAAUUUAUUGUUCCACAGUGUUGCACAAAGCUGUAUAAAGCUGCUUUAUUGCACCAUAAAUUCGUGGUGUUAUAAAAAUAUGGUAAAACACUCUAACCCAUAUUGUUGUAAAAAUUAAUUUUUUAUAAAGCAUGACAAGUCUGUUAAAGAUGCAUCACUAAAAAAGAUGGAAGAGAGGGAUAAGAAAAAAAUGGACCAGCUCAAGAAAAAACUCCACACAGACGAUGAAGGUUUGAUUUACACUUUUUCCAUUUGUACUGGGCGUAAAGAGUUUGUUAUAAUAAUAAUAAUAAUAAUAAUAAUAAUUUAAACAUAUUUAUACAGGAUUGCUGCAUCAGUUUUAAGAAAAAACUUCUAUCAGUGCAGGUCCUGUAAAAAAUAAAAAAUAAAAAAUAAAAGAUUAAAAAUAUGGAUAAAGAUCAAAUUACAAUAUUAUAAAAUAGUUACAAAUGAGUGUUCAUAUUUAUUUAUUGUUUUGAGAUUGGAAUUGGUCAUUCAUGUUUCAGUUGCGGGGCAUGCUGAAAAGGAAACUUGUUUAUUUCAAAAUUAAAAUUAUUUUUUCUUGAGAUUUACGCAAGUGCUAUAAAAAAGUAGCUAUGACUGCCCUUCACACACCUCUCUUUUCAGCUUUUUAAUUUACAUUUCAAUCAGUGAGUUAAAAUUUAGUACAGUUAAAAUCAAAUUGUAACAGUAAUUAUAGUGGAAACUCUGUUCAUGGAACACACUUGAACCAAGGGAAGUGUCCCCAGAAUAGAGGAGUUCCCUGACUGGAGGCUGGGUUGGGUUUGUUAAUGAUUAACCAAAUUCAUGUAUUUACAUACUUUCUUAAUCUGUUUUUGUUUGUUUUCUAGUUCACUGGCUUGACCAUGAUAAGACGCUUAGAGAACAAGGAGUUGAUGAUUCAUGCACAGUUUUGUUGAGGUGGGCAGUUCAUUAUCUUCUUAUUUACUGUAGUUUGAUUUCUGUUAACUCUCAAGCCUUAAAUAUAUCAGCAACAAGUAUUUUCCAUCCAUUUUGUAUGAGUUGAAUACAUGUAGUAACGUGCAUUCAUUGUCCUUGAAAUGAGGAGGCGGCAUGACCAAGUGGUUAGAGCGCUGGACUUUUGAGUCAGAGGUCCUCUAGGACACGCUUGUAAAAUAGCUGACUGGUGUGCUUCUCAUCAGUUGGAAUUCUUAACCUUGUUACAUUACAUAUGUUACAUUUGAAUUAUAUUGGAGCUAUAUCUACGGUAGUACUCAAAUUUUUUUUAUCAUUUUUCUUUUUUUGUUUUCAUUUAUUAGACGGAAGUACUUUUACUCAGAUCAAAAUGUUGAUAUUAAGGACCCAGUCCAGCUUGGCCUGCUCUUUGUUCAGGUAAAGUAUUAGAAUAAUGUUCUUCAAUCAUGAUUAAAUGCUGGAAUGUUGCUAAGAGCCAGCUGCAGAGUAAUUUCACCGGCUGAAAGAGAACUUACCACCAGAUCAAAUUUUCUGGAAAACAAAUACAUGGGGUAAUUUGAAAAGGCAGCUGAGUUAAAAAAGAAGCUGGCUUGCAGGGCUGUCAAUAAGGGCCGGUAGCCGGCCAAAACCGCCGGCUAGUUCGCCAUCCUUAGCCGGCUACUUCCAUCUCCUUCUACCAUAAGUGAGUCAUGACUGCUAAAAAAAAUAAGCACCAUCGAAUAAAAUUGUGAAGCAUCCGUUUCCCAGUUUUGACUGACAUUGAACGCAUAUUUAAACAGCUUCAGACCUGUGAAACGUUCGAACCGUGCGACGUCGUGGAACGCCUGGGACAUUUCGACGGCAUUGCUUCCAGUCUUGCGUGUAUUCCGACGAAACAACAUGGCGUCCGCGGUGGAAAAUACCUAUUGAACACCCCUGGAGACGCGAUUUCCGAGAUUCUAAAUUUCACAAUGUCCCUAGAUGCCUUGGCCCUCAAAAACGUGCGCCUUUGGUACGAGUUCCAAAGCCGCCUACUAUUCAUUAUCAUCCUGCUAUUGAAAAACGUUUUGACAGCCCUGGGCUUGCCUAAGAAAAAACCCUGCUUAGCUUUUCCGUAGGUACAGUGUACAUUCUUGUAAAUGAUGAGUCAUUUUCUCCCUUCAACUAGUUUUUACUGCCUGACUCUAAAUUCAUGUACUUUUUAAAAGGACAGGAAAUAACUCUGCUUUUACGUUAAGGAAUCUGAGAAAUGGCAAAUAUUGCAUUGAGUGAUCAAAAGGUGCGUUUUUUUUUAAUUUAUAGUGUAGAGAUGGUAUCUUAGAUGGAACCCAUCCUUGCACCCAAGAAGAAGCAAUUCAGGUACUAUAAUUUUAUACUAUGAUUAUUUCAAGGGAGCUCCAUGCCAAACAUCCGUGCAAAAAAGAACUGAGGAGGCAAGGGAAUGUUUCUGCAUGGAGUCUGUCGAUAUAGCUUAUUCUAGAGACAGUGUAACUAAAGAAAGGUGCAAUUGUAGCCCUAAGUCCAAAUUCAUAAAACCCUUCAAGGUAAAGGUAUAUCAUAAGUACUGUUUGUUAGCAAUCAUCUGGUCUUAUUAUCAUAAUAUUAUGAUUUCCAGCUUGGUCUGCUCAAGUAAUUGGGUACCAGACUGUGGGAUGGUGGGCCUGUGCUUGAUUCCUGGCCAGACCAACACUCAGGGUAUUUACAUAACAAAGAAGGAAAUGCCCCCUUUGCUGUGAUAGGCUGUUAGACUUUUUCGUCUUCUUGGAUGCUAAUUAGUAUUACUUCUGACAGUAAAGGGUGAUAAGGUGAACUUCAAAUCAAGGCACAAAAAAUACCAGUUCUCAACCAACUGAUCGUGGCAUUAAUACGGAGAAAAGUUUGAUUAAGAACUCAUCAUAACUUCACCCUUCUGACACAAGUUACAUUAAUUUUUUUGUUCAUCAACACAUUAUUUUUUUUUAAAAAGCUAUCGUCUUUUGCUAUACCCAUCAUAUUUUUCUAUCUCAGCUAGCAGCUAUCCAGAUUCAAGUUCAAUUUGGUGACUUUGAAGAUGCCAAGUAUAAGUUCAUCGAGUAAGUGUUUUGAUUAAAACUUGUUAUGAGUUGAAAAUAAUAGUAAAUCAAAUAUCAAACAUUAGAGACAAACACGAGUUUGUCACGAGUUUGAUCACAAUCCAUAUUGAUGUUGAAUUCAGAACUAUUUUUCUCUCUGGAAGAUUGAGGAAAACAGUGAGCCCUUCCAAAAGGGCAUUUAAGCUAUAGGGAGCAGCAGGGGAUAUGUUGGCAUUGGUAGCAAACUCAAAAAUGAGACAAAUCUCUGUCAACUCUUAUAAGUCUUAGGGCUGUUAAUAAGGGCCAGGAACUGAGGAUUUCCUUUUAAUGCCAUGAAUGUGAUGCCAAACUACAUUCAGAGUGGUGGAUCCAGGGGAGGGGCCAGGGGGGCGCCCCCCUUAUUUUUAGACCAAAAUGAAAAAAAAAAAAAAAUGAAAUGCCUUCCAACCCCCCAGGGUCUGGAGCCGCCACUGUUUCAUACAUUUAAAAUGAAGGAAAGUGGAAGAAAAAUAGAACCAAAAGAAAUCCCUAAGCUGUUUGAUUCCCCUCUCCUACCUUAUUGGUACUUAUUUUCUCAAGUCUUUAAUUUCGCAUUUCUUGUGAUUUUAAAAAAAUCACCAUUUCAUUAAAGGCCCGCAAAUAAAAAUCCUGGCAAAAUUUAAACAAACCAGAUUUCAUACUCAUAUUAAAAACUCAAAUCCCGGAAAAAAGGAUUCACAUGAUAAGUGUUGACAAACAGACCUCUCUCUAUCCCGGACUACCGGCCGGGACUUCCUUUGAACCCUGAUACAUUUACUUAUAGCUUUGGUGUUUGUUUUAGUCUUUAGUGUCUUUUUAGCGUCAUAGUUUUCUGUUGAAAAUGUUAUCAGGUCAAUGGAAAAACAGUAUUUUUUUUAAAGUUAUACUGUUAUUCAAGCCUUGAUUAAUUGCUUUUGACUGAUUGAUUGAGCCCAGAGAAAAAGACCCAUUUGGAGAUAGGAAUGAGAAACAAUGCACAAUAAUGAACUCAAGCCUUGUUUUCCAGGAUUUGCCUUCUAAGCAACACCGGAGAGAGACAGUUGCUGUCUCGAUGAAUUUACUCCAUCAUUCCCACUUAUCUUCAUAAAUACACUGAUGUUACAUUCAUGAAAGACCUCUGUACUGUAGUAGUGCUAAGUACAGUCCAUUGUAAAAGGAAGCAAAAUCAAAAAAUGAAACAAUUUCAUUUUAAAGUUAAUAUCACCUUUAAUUUUUAAAACUCCUUUAUUAUACUUUUGUCUUUAAAGCUUAAAGGAAUUUCUUCCAAAGGAAUAUGUCAAAUCUAAGAGUAUAGACAAGAAAAUUAAAGAGGUAAGACUUUUUUUUAGAAAGCCCUAUCUUCUGAAAGUGACAGCCGUGAGGGAAAUGUCAUCGCAAAGUUUAAGUAUUCUUUCAGCAUAUUAAGCUAGUGGGCACUGAAUCUACCAACAGGAACUUUUGCUUUAUUGCUUUUUUGACAAUUUCUAUAAGGUUCUUUUUCUAAAUGUUUCAUACAUGUACCUUUGCAGGGCUUGGAAUUAAAAAAAUCUUCAGGUCACCUUUUGGCGACCAACCGGAGAAAUAUAGUCGCCAGAUUUAAAUUUUUAGUCGCCAGUUUGUAAAAUGUAAAUGAUGCAGCUGAUAAGUACAGGGCUUCUGAUAUUUCGAGCAGGAGCAGAGCCGCGAAAUUCACAAAAACAUGCGAAAUACCAUGAAAUUCAGUAGAAAUCUUAUCAAAUACAUGUCUGUACAACAUAUUUGAAACUUACCUCAGCUAUUGGGGCUAUUUACUUGCCGUAAACUUGAAAAGUUAUCUUGAUACUUUGUCACUGAAACAUGCAAAUAAUGUCCCGAAACUACCAGGCGUAGAUUAUGUUGCGAAAAACUGGGCACUAUUAUUAGUCGCCAAGGAGAAAGUGUUAGUCGCAUUGGCGACGGUAUCAGUCGCAAUUUCGAGCCCUGCUUUGUAUGUUCUGUUUUUUAUCAUAGGAACACAAGAAGGUCUCUGGUCAUGAUGAGCUGCAGGCAAAGUACAAAUACGUUCAACUUUGUAGGGGGUUGAAGACGUAUGGAGUGACAUUCUUUCUUGUGAAGGCAAGUUACCAAAUCAGUAUUAUUGUAUAGAAUAUAUAUAUUUAUGUUUUUGAGUUCCACAUGUCUUAUGUAUGUUCAUUAGUUUCUUAGUGUAAAGUUUAACCUCCAUGUGUGACCACUUCUCAUAAGCGAAUACCUCCCAUAAGCAACCACUGAUGCGAAACAGCAAACUUUUCCCAGUCAGAGCCCUACACUUAGAGCCCCUCAUAAACAACCACCUCCUGUAAGCGACUAGAACCAUGUUUUGGGGCUGAUAGGUUUAUAAUUUUCUAUUUUUUUUUUUAACCUCUUGCAAGCGACCACUUAUUAAAGGCAUGGUGCGCUAUGUCCGCUGCAUGUACUAUGCUACUCACAAUAAGCAAGAACUUUAAGUGACAACAUGGAACUAUAUAUAUAAUGUAACUGAGAAAUCGCUUGCAAGAAAUUGUCUUCCAUAAACUAGAUGUGUCUGGAUGUCUUCUUGGAAGAGACCUCCUUUGGAUCUUUUGAUUCUUUCCUUUUUUUAAAAGGUUUAAAGGCUUGUUUAAAGGGGAAGGUGAACUUAGCUUGAUCCAGCUAGUUUACUGGCAUUCCACUCAAAUUCCUAGAAACAAAUAAUUCAAAUACAAAAUAACAGGAUUAAAACCCCAACUGGUGGGAGGCAACCAGUUGGCUAUUUGCAACGGUGGUCGAGGAUUUGAACUUGGGACGACCGAGAAGAAAUCCAGAAAGUCGCCAGCCAGAGCGGGACUCGAACCCGGAACCGCUGGAUUGUGAUUUGACACGCUCACCACUCCUGCCUCUUAUAAUAGACUUUUAUCAAAUACUCAACAGCUUAAUGAUACUAAUGUUACAUUACACUGUUUACGUAAACACUAAUACACAUAUAUACACACUUUUAUACCUCUUACUACAAGGAGAGAUGUUAAAAAAUACUAGUAGAAAGUACAAAAAAAUUGACACAUUUGAAUAUAUUUAUAUAGAUAUUUGUGCCUCAUAAGUUUUGAAAUUAAUUAAUUGAUUAAUCAAACAAAGUAAUAAAUUCUGAGUUUUUUUGUUUUUAUUGGUGACAGGAGAAAAUGAAAGGCAAAAAUAAACUGGUUCCCAGGCUGCUGGGCGUGACAAAAGAAAGCAUUUUAAGAGUGGAUGAAAAAACAAAGGAGGUCAGUGUCUAGUUAACUCUUUACGCUCCAAUAGUGUCCAAAAUCAAUUUUCUCCUACCAAUAUCCAUAGAUUGUCAAGUGCAAAGUCUAUGAGAAUUAAUAAAAUGAUCACCAAGAGAAAAAUCUUUGAUCUUUAUCAAAAUCUCUCAACUAAUUCUUUAAGGAAUGUAUGGAGAUCAGUUUGGAGAAUUUGUAUGUGGAUAUUAGGGCUUAAUGGGCUAAUAGGGAGCUUCAGUAUUGAUGAAGGUGAAAGCACAGUGUUCUUUGAAAAUACAGUGGAAUCCGUUUUGAGUACUUGAGUUUUCAAAACUCUUGAUUUUUUUUUUAACCAAAAGUUGUUUCUCUUUGAUUUUCUUCGGUCAGACACUGUUAUUUUACCCCGAUUUUUCAAACCCUCAAUUUUUCGAAACUUUGAUAUUUUGAACUAAUUCUGUUUCCUUUCGAAAAUUUACAUUUGAUUUCUCUAAAAGUUUGAAAAUUCAGGAACCAACAAAAACCUGUUUAGCCACAUGCACAACUGUGCAAAUGAGUCAUUUUUGAAAGAGUCACCAAGAAGCUACAGCGCUGUUGUUACGCAAUCAAGAAUCAUUUAAGAUUUUGUAGAGAAGAGUUUCCAUGUUGAAAAGAGGAGCUUAUCACCUAUUAUUUUGGCUGAGUGAAGAAAGAAAAGUUUUGAAGUAGACGGCUGAGUUGUCAAAGUAAGGGGCUAGCUAGUCCAGGGAUAUUUUAUUUAAAAAACACCAUCUGUAAAGAAAUGCCAAGCAGAGUAACGGGGCAAUACUAACCAAGUAGGCUGCGAUUUUCGCCGGCAGCUGGCUACUUUUGACAACCCUGUCCGCAGCCUGCUUGUUUCUCAUACACUGAAGACAGUACCAUGUGUGGUAAAACAGGUGUGAUGCACUACCACCUUCGAUUUUUUGAAUUCCUGAUUUUUCGAACCAAUUUCCAUUUCCCUUGGAGAUUAGAAAGAUCAGGAUUCCACGGUAUUUAUAUUGAGUUGUGCAAGGAACAGUGCAGUUAUUUCUUUAGAACUGCCAUUUACAGUUGGAAUGAUUUGUUGCAUUGACCUUCAGGUGAUGAAGACAUGGCCACUGACAACUGUCCGACGCUGGGCAGCAUCUCCAAACAGUUUUACUCUGGUAGGUUUUUUCCAGACUAGUUGCUUUCUUUUGACAUUGCUGAGCUGACUAGACAUGUUGACCAUUGUUUGUUCUCCCAAACACGGUGAUGAUUGUUUAAUAUUUAAAUUAUUUUGUUAACAGGACUUUGGUGAUUACUUAGAGUCAUACUACUCAGUACAGACCAAUGAGGGAGAAAAGAUCUCUCAGCUUAUUGCUGGAUACAUCGAUAUUAUAUUGAAAAAGGUGAGAAGUAAUACUAUGUGCCUCACAAAUGCUUCCUUCUUCUGGCGCUAAUUUUCACAGUUAUUAAAGUUUAUCAGUUGUUGCUCAUAGUUUAUUAAGAAUAAAUGUAUUCAGGGUAGUUAUCUCUGUGAUUUGUCACAAUCCAAUCAAAGAACACAAUACAUUAUUUAUUGUGUUAGUCAUUACUAAGGCCAGAUUACAUUUGUCUACAUGAAAGUGAAGUGCAGAACAAAUAAAAAUGUUUCAUCGCAGUCAUAGACGCAACUUAUGCAGUUGUCAAAUGAAAGCCUGAAUAAGUUCACACUUGCCAGGAUUCAAUCCCUGACCCCUGCAGUACUGGUGCAGCGCUCUGGCCAAUUUAGCUAGCAAGCCAGUUGUAACUGGGAGCAGUCAUUAGACUGGUUUGUAAUAUUCCAAAGGUCUCCCCACGAGAAAAAUCCCUGAGUCAUUAUUUCAUCUUCAUCUUUCUGGGUGCCGUAUGAAUUUUAUAUAUCCUGUAAUUAUUGGAACCACAGAAUGAAGAAAAAUAUGCAGAGAAGAUUAUUGCAGUUGCAGAUGCAACUUAUAUAUCAUUUUAAAAUUGUCGCGGUGAGACAACGCAGCUGGGUAUAAUAAAUGUACAGUCGACUCUCUCUUAACAGACACCUCUAUAAGACGGACACCUAGAGUUGGUCCCUGCCUUUCUUUACUCCCCUUAUUUGACUCUCUAUAAGAUGGACACCUCUCUAAGAUGGAUGCUUAGUGCUGGUCCCAAAGGUGUCUGUCUUAAAGAGAGUUGACUGUACAUCCAUGAAGGUUCUCGAUUCAAUUUUACCAUGUUAAAUACUGGCACAACAGCAGGACACAAAAAACUCAUUGCCUUUCAUGCGUUAUCCUUCAUGCGUUGUGUAAAACCAAUUUUAAACCGAUUAAAUUUUGUUUAUCUGUUUUUUUGCUUGCAGAGGAAAGGUCAAGAAGGUUUUGAUCCAGACUUUGAUGAAGAGUCAACAAUGGUGGAAGAUUCUGUGACCCCAUCAAAGUAAGUAUAGUCUCAUUUCACAGACUGCAUAAAGACAGGGCCAGAGAACAAUAAUAAUGAUUAUUUUUGUAUGUUAUUUUCAAGUUAAUGCAGAACCCUGCUCUUCAUUUUGGAGAUUGUUAACAUCUGAUGCCUGAGAUUGACUUCCUACAUACAUGUGUAGUUAUCAUAUAUCUUUUUUCCCUUUUUGUUUAUUUUUGUUUAUCAAUAAUUAUAAUUUGUUUACUGUUUAUGUAAGCUUAUGUCACGCAUGAUUUUGAUUUGAUUCAAGUAUACAUGCAGGGUUUGUCAGUCAGCGCUAUCAGCUUUAACUUUGUUUUGCAUGAAAACAAUAUUUCACAAGGGCUAGUUGAGUCGCGUCAGUUCUUAAUCAUUUUUUAUAUAUGAUAGACAAACAAAAUACAGGCCCCCGUUGCUCGGGGAACGCUCAAUAUCAGGAAUAUCAAUUGAGUUUGUUUGAAACUUAAUAGUUUGUUUAAUACUUUUGACUGUCUAUACUAGGGGUACAUAUCUUGAACGUCAAACUAACAAGGUUGGCCAUGCUGCUACUGGAUCAGUUGCUUUACCAGCUGUUAUGCGAGCAGGAGGUCCAGGUACAUCAUUUUUGCCUUUUAUGAUCAGUUUUUCAAAAAUUUCUCUUAUUUAUUCCUUAGUCCGUUCAUCUGUCUGCUUGUCCUUCAACUUUUUGCUCAUUUGUUCAUUCGUUAAUUAUUUGCCCAGACACACAUUUAUUUGCAGAGUUACAAAUAAUUUUUGUAAAGAAAAUUGGUAAAGAAAGUACAUGGUGAAGAAAUCUGAGAGAAACCAUGGGGCUUUAUAAAGAGUCAAAUUUCCUCAGAGGACUUAAAAAAAUGAGCCUAAUGCAACAAUAUGGACCAGCUAAAGAAAAAGAAAGCUUUAAACGCGAAAAAAAAAAAUAGAUGUAAGUUUACAGCUGUAUCAAUAUUAUUUUAGUUAAUAAUAAGAGAACAGGUCUGCACUUUGGUAUACUAAUUGCUGUAAUUUGUUUUGUCUGUCUGUUGAUGUUUUUGUUUUUAGGAGCUUCAAGAUACAGUGUGGGUAAGAUGGAGCCGGCACAGUAUGGAACAGUCACAGGAUCAGCUCAUUCUGCCCACAGGCCACCCAUGGUUAGUGCAAGCAUUAUAACAGUAAUUUGAGACACUGAGUGCAUAAGUGUACAUCAUCAUCAUCAUCAUCAUCAUCAUUAUUAUUAUUGUUAUUAUUAUUUAUUUUUAUUGUGUUUUGCAAUUGGUUAAUUGAAUUUACGUGGUUUCAGUUUUGUAGAAGGUGAUUAACUUGUUAAUGCUUGUUAAAAUAAUUCUUAGAAGUAAGGUUAUGUUAUGUAUGUUGUAUGUUAAUCCCUGUAAAAUGAUGGUCUCAUGCAACUCAUACUGUGCUAUUGUAUUCACAGGAGUUCAAAUCUUUCAGUCGUAAAUAAACAAAUUAUUUUUAAAAUGCUAUGUAAACAAGGGUUAGACUUGUAAUCUGAAGGCUGCCAGUUCAAGUUGCAGCCUGACUGCUGGGUGGUUUUGAUUUGGCUCAUCUCAAGUUCAAAUCCUUUAGCCACGCUUGUACUGAACUAGUUUCAAUUCUUUUAUGUGGAGUUUCAUUUGAAUUAUUUGUUUCAUUUUCCCAUAAAAGCCCUUUGAGGGAAGAGGAUACUUUAGCAAUUAUAUACUUUUUCAUUUAUUCACUGGUUUGUUAAAAAUAACAUUAGUUUUGUGCAGAUUAUUAAUCGCUGAAUGUUGCAUUAUUUGUUUUUCCUCAGGGCUCCCAAGCUAAGCUGCAUAGUCUUACUCCUGCACAGAAGGCCUACAUGAGUAGCUUGAGUCAAGGCUUAGACACCAUUGAAUCUGCAGAGAAGGAUCUGGGGACUCCUGCUCAAAUCCCAGCUCUCGGAUCUGAUCCAGUAAGUCCUUGCUAUCCACUCUGGAAGAGAUUACUACUGGGUGAUAAUCUGUAACAUUUAUGAUUGACAUUGUUACAUAUAUACAUUGUUAAAGCAUUUCUGAACAAAAAAAUAAUAAUUGCAUUACAAGGUGCAUUUUGUUUGAUCCAUGUUUUCAUAUAAUGCACUCAUUGCUUGAGUCAAAUUCCCCUUCUUAUUAUUGAUUAUUUUCAGAGAGAGGUAUGGAAUUAUUUCUCAUAGUUAUUAACAGUAAUGCAUAUUAUUGUGUUGUGUAAUUUGUUUCGAAUAAAUUAAUUUUUACUCUCACUUUUGUUACUUUCAAGUGAUAAAAGAAGUGUUCUACAAUAUUCUUUCAUUCUAUCAGUUCAGUGUUUCAAUUCAUCUUAGACUCGAUACUAACUGGCUCUUAUUACUAGGCUUCACUAAAGUGGAAGCAGAAUACACUUGACCUUUCUCGACAAAAUGUUGCAUCAAGACUUGCUGCUCUCUCAGCCUCAUGUGCCUCUAUUGUUACUCUCACUUCAGGUAUUACAUAUUGAUGUCUUGCACUGUGUCGUUUAUCUACUUACUUUUUAAUUUUCUGUGUCAUUUAUGUAUGUUAAUGUUGGGAGUUGGUUAGGAUUUCAUAAUCUUGCAAUCAUCAGAAAUAAUCUGAUUGACUCAGCUGAUCAACCAUCAAUAAUCAGAUCAAUUUCUUUAUAAGACAGUAUAAGAAAUCCAUUUUUUAUUUUUCAUCUGUGAGCAAGUAAAAGUACUAUAAACUUGUAAUUUUCAACUGUAGACCACUGUUAUUUUGAAAAUCAUGUUGGUGUUGUGUUUUGAACUACAAUAAAACACAAAAAAUGUUUCUAUAAUAGUCAUCAAUGCAUUAAUCAAGUGGACAUUUUUUUAUAAUUGAUUCUCACGUACCUUAAGGUUUUUGAUCAAUCAUAGAUUAGAAUUGAUGACCGGCACACCACUAAUGUAUGUUACAGUUAUACAGAGUGAACCAUGAAUUCUAAGGUUGGUUUGUUGUUUGGUCACUUUUUUAAGGGGAGCCUGAAGAAACAAACUACACUGCUGCUGGUGCUGCUGUGAACACUAUGUAAGUACAGCUUUAUUAUCCAGGCCCAUAGAAUAUCUGCUGCCAGGCAAAUCACUACAAUGUGGACUGUUAGAAUAUGACUAUGGAAGGAAAUUCUGACACCCAUUCUUAAUGUGACUUCUGCUGAUUACACCAUUAAUUUUAAUUUUUGCUGUUUGACUCUCCCUUGUUUUCCAAAACAAAGUGUAAUGGUAAAAUGUUUCCAUCUGCAGAACCUUGGAAAGUUAAUUUGUGUGAAAUUAUUAUUAUUAUUAUUAUUAUUACAUAGCUGUCUAAUAACUGAAAAAGAGGAAAAUGUAACCCUACCGCCAUUUUGACUUAACAAGUUCCUGUACGUUUUUUCACUCUACUAUCCAUUGUACCAGUGCAGUCCCUUUUCAGACUUGUAGUUAGUUUUAUAAAGUAUGACUGUCCUUUUCUUUCAUAAUCAUAAUGAUUAAAGUAACCUGAUGAAAUUAUCCCUAUAAGCUCCUCAAACCUUCAAGACUUGUCCAAGGGAAUCAAAAUGAUCGCUGGCUUGCUGGAUGAUGAAGAUGAUGGUAAAGGCCUUCUUGAUGCUGCUCGAGACCUAGCUAGUGCCUUUACAAAUCUACUCAAAGCUGCUCAGGAAGGAGGUGGAGUAGACACUGAAGUAAGUGUUUUGUCAACCUGACAGCAAGUAUGGGCAAGAUGAAGCAACUCUUAUGAUGUGAUUGCCUGGCUAGCUAUCCCAGCAAACAAGGCGGAAUUUCCUAAUUUGCAACAUACAUGCUUCCCAAAUGGCUAUUUGUAAAUCCCUUAAAAUACACUUUGUUUACCCCUCCCCCACAAAUUUUGCAUGAGCUAUUGUUUUCAAAUGCUUUUGGGAAUAUGCAGUCCUACGAAGAGCAGGGGGAGAGGCAAAUGGGGUGUACCAUGAACGAUUCAAAAAUAGAGAAUCAAAGAAAUGCAGCACAAUAGAUUGUUUACAUUCUAAGCUUUUCUGGGAAGACAAAACCAUAGUAGGAUUAGCUCAGUUGGUAGAGCGCUUGACUGUAGAGCGGGAGGUCGUGGGUUUGAUUCCUGGGGCGGGACCAUUACUCAGUGUCUUAAAAUAACUGAGAAAUGAAGGUUCUCCCUUUGCAAUGCAAGCAUUAAUAUUAUUUCUUUGUGUAGAACCCUAAUAAUAUAAAACCCUGUUGUGCCAAAGAUCCUGGUAUAAUGAAUGAUCAAGCUUUUCAUGUGGAGUUUUUAGUGAUAAACUUGUGUGUGUUUUAGUUCAGGGACAAACUCUUGUCAGCAGCAGGAAAUGUAGGUUCAUCUGGAGCAACGUUGUUACAAUAUAUGGGUGAACCAGAGGUGGAUCAUCAAACUCAGGUAACCAUGCUCUUUUAACCUCUGCACCAAUAUAAUUACAACACUGUCACACUACAUGGUUAGCAGAUAACUGAAUCAUCAAACUCAUGUAACUAUGCUAUACUAACCUCUGCACCAAUAUAAUUACAACACUGUCGCAAUACAUGGAUAACAGAUAACUGGAUCAAUCAACUUAGGUAACUAUAAUGGCAGCUAGACAUAUAUCCAUUGGACAGUGAUGUUAGGUCAUCGCUUACCUGUGUUUUCCAUGUUACGUACACCCAAUACAUUGAUGAAACUCAAGAGAAUUGUGGUACAUAUGUUUAUCAUUGGUUGGGAGCUUAAGCAACAAUGACAUUGACGGCAAGGAGAAUGAAAAAUUUAUAGUUUUAGAUUGGAAAAACAAUAACUUUGCAAGUGCCUCAUGCCUUGCUUGUACAUUUCCUUGCCAUCGUGGCACAACUAUGACAUGAAACUUCCUAAUUUCACUUUUUAGGGUGGUUAUUUACACAAUACAACAAUAUUCCUUUUUAUUUAUCUGACUUUACUCACAGUCCUUUAGAAUAGAAUGAGAUGGAAUAAGACCAAUGAAGUUUGAAACAGCUUAAAAUGAUUCGCUUUUUAAAGUGAGGUUUUCGGUGUAGCUGCCAUCGUGGUUGCUGGUUAUGUUACACGGGACAAUUUGCAACAACAAUUUUUAGUGCAACACAACGUUGCAAUGUUGGAACAAUGUUGUAACUAUUUGAACAUUGUUGAGCUAAAAAUUGUGGUUGUGAAUCCUCUUGAGUAACGUCUCCUUUGAACUCCCUAUUGUGUAUGGUGUGGGAAAAAUUUUAAGUUGGUCCAAAAUUCUCAGUAUUGUUUGUGUGACCUAUAAAACAAACAAAUAAAAAAUUGAUAAUUCUUCAAAUCGACAACUGUUGAAUGUUUGUAAACCCCACAGGAGAUGCUCUUAGCUCUUGCACAAGGUGUUGCCAAUGCAACAGCAGCGUUAGUGUUGAAGGCAAAGAACAUUGCUAGUCAGUCUCCUGAUACUAAGGCACAAAGCAAGAUGAUCACUGCUGCCAAGGAGACAGCCAGAACCACAUCCCAGCUUGUAGCCUGCGUCAAGGUAGUGGUUCCAUCAAUAACUAGUCACAUGUGCCAGGAACAAGUUGUGGAAGCUGCAAAACUAGUUGCUACUGCUGUUGAUGACACUGAGAGUGCCUGCAAGGUGAGUGAGUUCCCAAGAGUGGCCAAAAUAUAUCUUCUCCUAACAUUAUCAAUAGUUGAUCAAAAGAAAAGGUUAUGAGAAUUGAUCAAAUGAUCACCUAACGGAAAAUUCUUUGGUCUUUUAUCGAAAUCUCUCGUGUAUUUCUCUAAGGAAAUUUUUGGAGAUCAGUCUGUUUUGGUGAUUUUUGCAGGCAUAGCACAGGAACUAUAUGGUAGCAGUACUCACCAUUGUAAACAAGCUUUCUGGCUGCUAUCAUUCCAGAAGGCAUCAAUAACAACCAACACUUUCUUGAUACUACUUUAUUAUUUUAGACUUGCCCACUGAGCAAAGUCUUGGUGAAAACCGAGAACUGCUUUGCCCCCAAAAUGUGACUGCAUUAUCAAACAUUUGAUCAAUCUUAGCCAGGCUUUGUGUAUUAAGUCAUGUAUGUAUCUUCUUCCACCAUAGGAAGCAGCACCUGCUGACUCAGACCUUCUCCCAGAGAUGAUGACUGCGGCACAAGCUGUACGAGAUGCUCUGCAUGCUCUGCUUGUUAAAGUGCGAGAUGGUGGUAGGGAUGCUCAGCAGGCUGGACAGUAUGACGCAGCAUGUGAUGACAUUCUAGGAGCCACUGACAGACUGUUUAACAGCAUGGGUAAUGCUGGAGAGAUGGUCAAGCAGGCCAAGAUCUUGGCUCAGGUAUAAGAUUUGCCUGUAUUUACGAACAGGCGCUUAUUAAAACUUUUACGCCUCAAAUGGGGCACUUAUCUGUUGGUGGCAUUUAGUUGAAAGUUAGAUGUUGACAAAGAUUUGUUUAUUUUAAGGAAUUGAUUUUCAGUAACUAACUGUCUUUUGAUUUUAGUUGCGUUGGGGGGUGGGGGUGGCACUUAUUACAGGUGUAGCGGACAGUGCUAAUAACUUUUUUAUCUCAAAUGCAGCACUUAGGCUUGGGUAAUGCUUAUUUGAGUAAAUACAGUAUUCUUAAAGAUCAUGCCACCAUUUCCACUGGACAAUGUUUUUAUCACACCUUUUUGACCUGUUGUGCCCAAUUUGACAAAUUUGGUAUUUUGAAGGCAGAAUUGUGGAUUUAAAUAUUAUUUUUGUUGCUGUUCUUUUGAAAUUGCACGGGUCCACCAUCAAAACAUGUCGCAUUUUGAUUGGUUUUGUUUCAUUGUUAUGAAACCCAUCUGAGUUCUCAAACAUCUGCAAAAAACACACCAAACAAGAUGUGAAAAACAUUGUCGUAUGGCAACAGUAAUCAAAUCUUCACCAUAAAGAAUAUUUAAUAAUAUUUUUCUCAUCUUCUUAUGUACCCUGUUAGUGUUUCUUAGCUGCUUAUAGUGUGUGUUCUUUUCUAUGAACACCAGGCAUCAUCUUCACUGGUAACAGGAAUAAAAGCAGAAGCAGAAACACAGGAUGAUUCAGAUUCACAGAAGCGUCUUCUUGCAGCUGCAAAGGUGUUGGCUGAUGCUACAGCAAAACUUGUCGAAGCAGCAAAGGUUAGUCAAGGCUGUGCUUUAAUAGAAAUUGAUAGGAGCGCAGUGCUCUGAAAUAAUUGUGACAUUCAGGGUGCCCAGCAUGUGCUUUUUAUUAAAACAGUAAGGUUUCCUAGCUGUGCAAGAGCAAAUGUAAGUCGGGCUACUGCUACAGCACGACCCUCUUAGUUUGUUGUAAUGAUCCAGAGAAGAUACCUCUUGUAAGUUUUUAACUUGCUUUAAACUCAAAUAAUCACCUAUGUAUGCAGGUCAGUUUUUUCUAAAACUUAAUUAUCAUGUUACAUUACAAUCUAUUUCUAAUCCAGUUUAUACCCAGAAGGGGGGCUAAGGGCUGGUUUUCAUGCACUAUGCAAGCAUGAGAGUAAGGAAAAUAUACGGACUUGAAAUCUUAAUUAAAGGGCUCUAAUGAUUGAUUCAUAAAUGACCCUGCGUAUGUUCUUGUUCCGAUUCUUGGAUCUCACAUGUAGACUAGCCCUAAGCUGCUGAGCAGAAAUUGUUUGAAGAACCAGUUGGGAAUACCGCUGAGUAAUGGUAAUGAUGACAGAUGACAGACGAGUCACAACCCAGUUAAUUUGCAAGUUCUUUCCCUAAUGCAUCCUCAUAGCAAUAGUCUAUAUACUGGUGACUUGUUAUUUUGCAGGGAGCUGCUAAAAAUCCGAAUGCCGCUGACCAACAACAAAAGUUAAAGCAGGCUGCAGAAGAUUUAAGAUCAGCAACUAAUGCAGCAGCUAGUGAUGCACUGAAGAAGAAGCUGGUCAAAAGACUUGAGGUUUUGAACCAUGCAAUUAUUCAGUUGGUGACAAAAUGAGUUGAGACACUUUGCCCUAAACUGGGUUUUUUACAUUUUACUAACUUCAAAGGGGAGAAAUAUAGCUCCCCCCUCCCCCCCCCCAUCCCCUCCAUGCAAUUUGUGCUCUGUUCGAGCUACCUAUAGAAAACAACAAACAUUCCAACUUUGAAUGGAGGGGACAGGGGAGGGGUGUGGAUUCUUUUGUUCCCUGAAGUUACUGUAUUUGAGUAGAAUGUCUCGACAGUUUUGUUGCCGAUUGUUGAUUAUCCAUUUCGUUUUGUUGCUUAAUGUUUGUCAAGCAAGUCGAGCUCUGUGACAAAAAUGUCCUUAUUAUAUAAAUGCCAAUAACAUACCAGGUGAGCUUUUGCGCAAAAACGUUACGAGAAACUUAUCUGAGUCCUCAAUGUCAAAGAGGAUGUUAAAAACAUUGUCAAAUGGCAAGAGUAAUGUAUUCUUCACUGUAAAGAAUAUUUAAAUUUUUAUUGAAGACACCGCUUUUGCGCAAAAACAUGAUAUCUUCACACAUUCAAAUAACAUGUUUUUUGCAGACGUGAAAAGAUUGCCGUUGCUAUGGUUACAUUAUAAAUAGUGCCUUUCGCUGCCAAAAAUAUUAAAGUGAAAUGGUAUUUCAUUGGUGUGUGUAUAAUAAGUAAAACAUUACAUGGCUGCUCAGGGAAAAUAAUUUUUUCUUGUAUUGAAAAAUAUUUCACUUAUUCGCAAAUAUUUUUCAUCACUCCAAACAAAUUUUGUAUCAACACAUGGCCAUGUAUUUAAAUAAGUGUAGACUCGUUAUAUUAAUCGUGGUUCUCUUUCAUAUUAGGCAGCCGCAAAGGAGGCCGCAGGCCAGGCUACACAGCUGGUUGCCGCAGCUCGCAUGGCAGGUCCUUCUAAUCGGAAUCAAACCUCUCAGCAGCAGUUGAACGAUCAGUGCAAAGUAAGUGAUUCUGCUUAAUUCUGUUACAGUCACGGUAAGGCUGUCACUAGGGACUGGGGUGAUUUCUCUUGCAGAAACAAGGUAAAAUAAAGUAAAUAAUGAUUUGGAGGUAGUACAUCCACAAAGUAGUUCCUCGUCUACCUGAUUCCCUGUUGAAUUGACAUUUGGAAAUGUUGGUUUUUGAGGAGAGGGAAAAAACGGAGAACACAGAGGAAAACCUCUCAGAGCAACGAAGAGAACCAACAACAAACUCUACCCACAUAUGACAUUGACGCCGGUAUUUGAACCCUAGGCCACAUUGGUGGGAGGCGAGCGCUCUCACCACGGUGUCAUCUCUUGCAACCCAACAACAGGAAAACAGAUCCAUCAGAUUUCCUAGCUGUUCAGUUCCUGCCCACUCAUUGCAUUAUACCAAACAACUGGAAAUCUUAGUAUUCUUAGCCGUCUUGACCACAUUACCCUUUUAGUCUGGUGAUAACUUUUGGCUAGGACAACACAAUAAUGAGCUUUGCUUACAACAGAUAAAUUGCCUUUGGAAUUUGUUCAUUAGGAAGGCUUUGACUGUAUUUCUUAAUUAACGCGUUCUUCUUUUCAGCCUGUUGAGGAGAACGUAAACCACCUCGUUGAAGCUCUAAGAGAAACUACACGAAAUCCUGACAUGGCUGCACCUCAGCUUGGGCUGAUCAGUGCAUCAAAGGAGUUUAUUCAGGUAGCUACAAAGUAACUUGGCAGUUACAGUUUGUGUAAAAUUCAGGUAGCUACGGAAGAAAAUAGAAUUUCACCUCUCAGAAGCUAAGAAGUGGGAUUUCAUGUCAGAAAUCCAACCGUCUUAAGUAGUAUGACAAAUUUUGAGUGCAGUUUUAUAAGGACUGUUUGUUAUGUGCCUUAUUGUUACGGUAUUUCACAGACUUGGUGAGACUGCAGACAAAUAAGUGAGGGUGUUGUUAUUAGUACUUUUUAAAGCAUGUCAUGAUUUUAUAUGCUUUUCAAUACACGUUUCAAAAUAAAACCCUACAAUACAGAAAGAAAAAGAAGAACGGAAAGAAAAGAAGGAGCCUUCACUUUGAGAGAUGUGUAUCUCUAGGUCUAGGUGUAAUAUUUGUCAUGCUAUUUUUUUUUAGCCAACAACUAAGCUGGUUGCCAAUUCCAAAGCAGCUCUUCCAACAAUCGGUGAUCCAAUCACUGCCACACAGCUGGCAAACUUUGCCAAAUCAACUGCAACUUCCCUAGGAGAGCUACGUGAAGCAGCAGAUAAGGUGAUGAUGAGAUUAAUCCUUCAUUUUAGUGGCAUCGUAUUGAAGAAGUGUUCCAAUUAAAGUUUUGUUUGAUAGAUUAGUUACUGCAGAUGACAAGGCAAGGACAAUGUAAGAUAAAGAGGAGUAAUCAGCGCAAACGGCACGGGUUUUGGGGGACACCAGAGUUUGUGUCUGUGAACUGUUUAACCUAAGGUGUUGGAAAACUUAAAAAGGCCAUGGAAAGUCAUGGAAUUUGAAGACCUCAAAAGAGUACCACCCUGUCAUUCAGUCAAUUAGUGAGUUUAUUCUGGUCAAUCACUGGGGUAGUCAGUAAGUAAGUCAACCAAUUAUCCAGUCAUUCAGGUAAUCAGUCCCUUAGUCAGUGGGGCUGCCAGUGCAGGGUUGUCACUAAGAUUUCAAGUUGCCGGGUAAAUACAACAAGUAAGCGGGGAAUCAAAUGGCUAGGGAUUUCUUUUGGUUCUAUUUUUCUUCCAUUUUCCUAUAAAAGUAGGCGGGGGCCACUCUCUUAGUAGCCGGGAAAAUCCCCAGCCCCCGGCUCUUAAUGACAACCCUGCAGUGUCAUUUAGUCACUUGGUCACUCAGUCAAUCAGUUGAUCAGCCAGUCAGUCAGGGAACCAGUCAGUUAAUAGGUAUCUCAGUUAGUCAAUCAGUUGGUUAGUCAGUCACACUGCCGGUCAGUCAGUUGGUCAGUCAGUCAGCCAAUCAGUUGGUCUGUUAGUCAGCCAAUCAGUCAGUCAGUCAAUUAAUAAGUUGGUCUUUCAAGUGGUGAAUUUGUCAGACAGCCAGACAUGCUGUCAUUUUGGGUAAAAACCCAUGUUAAUUCAUAUUCUUUUUUUCUGACAAAGGUACAGGUUAAAAUUUUUCCAAGAGCAAAAUUUACCAUUGAAAUGGAGUUAAUUCAAGGCAACAUGGUAGUCAUGCUCUUUUUUCGUUUGUUUUGGAAAUUUUGUCAGGCUGCUGAGGUGUGUGGAACACUGGAGAUUGACAGUGCUCUGGAUACUGUUGGCGCUCUAGGCCGUGAUCUUGAGGCAUAUGAGAAGAGUAUAGAGGAAGGCAAUUUACUUCCAUUGCCUGGAGACACUGUAAGUAUCCAUAAACAACAAUGAUUUCUUUUCUUCAUUAUUAUAAUACAGGCAGUUCUAUUAACCCUUUAAGUCCCAAUAGUGACCAACAUCAAUUUUCUCCUAACAUUAUCCAUACAAUGUCAAGAGAUAAGUUAUAAGCAUUAAUAAAAUGAUCACACAAGAGAGAAUGCCUUGAUCUAUUAUCAAAUUCUCUCUACUUAUUCUUAAAGGAAAUGUAUAGGGAUCAGUUUGGAGAAUUUGUAUGUGGAUACUGGGGCUUAAAGGGUUAAGAGACGCUUCGUGGGGAUUAGACUGCUUUGCAGUCAGAAUUAUCAGAACUUCGUCACGUGUGAAUUCAAGUACCAUUAUGAAUGCAGGGAUUCUGAGAUGACUCUGAAAUCUACAAUCACUAACGGAUUCAACUUUCAAAUAAUAAAUUCAUUAAUGGAAUCUUGAGGAGUAUACUUGAUCUGGCUUUACUGUAAUUUGUAAUGUAUGAGAACCACGAAAAUAAUUGUCUGCCAUUGAUCUUUGCCCAUUUUGUAGGCGGAGUCGUGUGGUCUUGAGCUCGGUGCUACAUCAAAGUCUGUUGGAUCAUCAAUGGCACAGUUGUUAACAGCUGCUUCACAGGUAAGUCAAAAGACUUGGUACUCAUUGUACGUUGAGCUUAGUUUUCUUAAACCUAGACAAUUUGUUAUCAACGAUCGCGCUCACCGCGAGGUUGCAGUUCCAAGCUAACUGCGUUGUCAUUCUCAUUAAUUGUGAGGUGUAUCAAUAAUUGGUGAUAGCACCAACAUCAACAAGGUGCCCAAGCUGAGGUCGUAGAGUUGAGUAUUAAAAUCAAGAGAGAUAGUACAUCUUUUUGAAGGGACUACGGCACGCCAUUUGGUAUCUUUUUAAAUGCUAAUAGUUUUUUCGUACUACUUGAAUUCCCCCAAAAAUGGUCUAGUGCGGGGUAGGGGAAAGAUAGGCAGGUAGUCUCCCAGAAGUUUUGAGCAUUAUAAGCAGGGCGCAGAUAACCACUUGUAAGUGGUAAAACCAAAAUCGAGAGAAAUGGGACUGUAAGACAGAUUGAAAAGAACUUCCCUAAACUAUGAAUUCAUGCAUAAUAACAUUGUUUUCAAAGAUGUUCAUGGAAGAAGUUCUAACGUUUCUUUAUAAGCUAAACAACAUGCCCUUCUCGAAAAUGAAUGGCUUUUUUAAAAAGGCAGAAUUACUCUUAUGUUUACACGCAGGGUAAUGAAAGCCACACAGGUAUAGCAGCGAGAGACACAGCCAGUGCACUGCGAGUACUGACAGCAGCUGCGAGAGGAGUUGCAGCAACAUCAGAUGACAAAGCAUUGCAGAUGAAUCUGAUAAAGGCAACUCAGGCUGUUGUUGCUGAGUCAGCAAAAUUAAUCCAGGAAGCAAAGAAUGCGAUGGCUAAUCCUGGUGACCCCAACAACCAGCCUAAGCUUGCGCAGGUAAGGAUACUUUCCAUUAUAUUUCCUUUCAUAAUAAACCCACAGGAAUACUCUAUUUAGAACAGUAUUAACGACAAGAGAGGGGAUUGGCUACCUGUUAAAACUAAAGAUUAAUUUAAACAGACAGGCAGAUUUACAAAUAGUAUUGCUAUAUUAGGCUUUUUUCCUCGUGACUUACCUGUGCCCAGGAUCGAACGCAGAAUCGUGACCACAUCAUAUGUAACUUUUAGUGCGAGCAGCCCCUUGGGAUGGUCAAGUGAGUGAGCAAAUCAUUUAAAGCGAGGGAAAAAAAGGGUCCAGCCGAGGGCAAUUGCACGCGUCAGUUCUACUGCGCACAUUCCAUAAUACGUGACUGAGUUGUUGGUCUUUCCUUUUUUAAAUUCAUAUUUGUCAGAAGUAUUGUAUUCCAGUAAUUUUUUCAAUGAUGUUUUAUGAUAUCCGUUAUAUAUAUGUUCGAUCCAAGACGUGUCUCAUUCAAAAGAAAAAGGUUCAGUUGGUUAUCAUUUUCGACGCAAAGACAAGCACCAGUAAAUUACUGCUUAUUUUACCCUGAAAACGGCCUAGACACAAGUUUAAACCAUCUGCACGCACAAACAUAAGGGCUUUUUGUGCUUUGCUUGGUUUGUUCUAAUGUGCAUGGUUAGAUCAUUUUUCUCAUGAUUUUUAACUUUGCUUAAACCACUUGAUUUUAUCCUGCUUUCAGCAUCGAGCAAAGGUGAAAAAGCGCAAUUAACAGUCUGUGGGCGUAUCUGUUUCGUUUUACAGGCAGCUAAAGAUGUAUCUCAGGCACUGAACAACUGUGUUAACUACCUGCCUGGUCAGAGGGAUGUUGAUGAAGCCAUAAAAGCUGUUGUAACCUCCAGUCAGAGUUUAGCUAUUGAAGAUGUAAGUUAAAAACAACAACAACAACAACAACAUUUUGAACUUCUCCUCUCUUGCACUCAAUUAUGUUCUAACUUUUGAGUCCAUGUAUGAAAUCUGACAGCGUGACCAUGUUAAUGACACGUUUUCAUUAGUAAUUUUGUAUAGUAGUAAAUCAGCUGUAAGCGAAAAUGAAACGUGAUGCUUAAAUGUCAUCAUGGCAGCCUGAUCUAAUUUUUCUUCAAAAAAUAGAAAACGUAUUGGAUAACAUUUAUCACCAUAUAGUGCAAUAAAGUGGUAGAUGCAUAGUUGACAAGAAAAGAGUAAGCUUGCACCACAUUCACAACAAAAUGUCUUUGUAACAGCACCGUACUCAUCGGGGAGCAACGGGGGCACAUUGGAGAGAACACUUCCCUACUACCAAUGUAGCCCGGGUUCAAAUCCCAGUGUCAAAGCCAUAUGUGGGUUGAGUUUGUUGUUGGUUCUCUCCCUUGCUCUGAGAGGUUUUUUCCGCGUACUCUGGUUUUUCCCUCUCCUCAAAAACCAAUGCUUCCAAAUUCCAGUUUGAUCUGGAACGCACGAACACGUUUAAACGAGUUCUUAAGAGCUUUAGCUUCUUAUUUACACUUUUUGUUUGGGUCUUGCAGUUUCCCCCUACAUCAGAAGGGUACCAGGUGGUUCAAGAGAGGCUAAGCAUGACAGGAGCAGCCCUGAAUGCUGCAGCCAGUGACAUGGUGACAGCUUCACGAGGAACAUCCAAUCAACUGGCUGUUUCAACAAAGAAGUUUUCACUUUCUUAUCAAGAUCUCUUGAAUAGUGGACUGAAGUUAGCCGGCCAAGCAAAGGUAACAAUUUUAAGUUGAUUUAUCAUGGCAGUGUUAAGGUUUGGCGUGAUCAAUUUAGGUUUCUGGGAAACAGCCCACGUACCCCUCCCCUAAGCCAACAUUUUGCUUUAAGUGAGCUGUAGGUGUUAAUGUUGGCUUAGGGGAGGGGUAGGAGGGUAGUUUCCCAUAAACCUAAAUAGAUCUGGCCACGCCUUACAGAUCAGGGAGAUAUUAACCUGUACUUUUUUGUUCUAUAUUGUUAGGAUGAGGCAGCAAAAGAUUCUCUUGUGCGGAACUUAAAAAACACAUCCACAGCAUCAAGUAAACUUCUUCUGGCUGCCAAGUCUUUAGUAUCCGAUCCAAAUGCACCAAAUGCAAAGAACUCUUUGGCUAAUGCUGCACGGUCAGUAGUUUUCUCCAACUUUCAGGAAUACCAGGGACGUCAUUGUGCUAUCAUACUUAUGUGUUUCUCUUGUGGUCUCUGAAGUGUAAGAAAUUCUUCAGGCGUUGGUGGCAACGUUUCUUUGCCAACCAUAGCUUAUCCCUCAGCACGUUUCACGUUGUAUGUAAAGACCUGCAAAUACUUCUUCCUAGACCACUGAAAGCUCCAAGUAAUCCGUUUAGGAACAGUGAAUAACAGCUGGUCUAUAUUUUUCUUACAGAGCUGUGACAGACAGUAUCAAUAUGCUGCUUAAUGCAUGUAUGUCAGCCGCACCUGGGCAGAAGGAAUGUGACAAUGCUCUUAGAAAUAUACAGGUAAGGUUUGCCAUGGAUGAUCCUUUAGCCUUCUGUUGAUACUGUACUUUAAAGCAAAAUCUUGUUUUUUGAGUGUGAUUUAAUCACUUUUCCUUUCAUCAUGUUUUUGCGUUUUCAUUGCUGUUUUUUUUAGUUACUGUCACAGACGUAAUCCAAACUCCCAGAAAUCAAGCAUUGUGGGGGCUGGCAUGUGUGCUCAGAAUCUGUGUUUGAAAAAAUCAUAAAAUGAAACUUUUUCAGCAAUACUAUUGUAUUUUACCAUUUGUUGUUCAGUAUUUUUCAACACCACAUUUUGGAGUUUGAGCUUCAUUAUACUUCAGUACUCUCGGGACUGAAAUGGUUAAUCCUUUUUUUUCUUUGUAGGCUGUGAGUAGCAUUCUAGACAAUCCAGUUGAACCUGUCAACAGCGAUACCUUUUUUGACUGCUUGGAUAAAGUGACCCACAGAUCUCAAGUAAGCAUGAAUUAGUUACACUGUUACUCAGAUGUGCUCAAUUCAGUUUUCUUAAAGUUUUUAGGUAGGCUGAGGGCUAGGGGGUGGGGUUUAUUAGGGAUCAACAUCGUCUUUUCAGAAAAGAUUAGCUGGUAUUUUCUUGGAUAGUAGGUGGCACAUUUUGCCGGCUUCCAGUUCUUAUAGGGAACCCAUUUAACUUGUGGAUAGGUCUGUACGUUCUUUGGGUUUUGUUUACUUGAGGAGUAUAACAUUCAACUCUGUGAACACACCCUUCUCGUAGAUGGACACAGAAAUGGUUCCUGCCUUUCUGUAGGGCUGUUCUUCGACUCUCUAUAAAGCAAACCGCUCUCAGACAUGGACACUGAAUAGCGGUCCCAGUGGUGUUCUUGUAAGAAAAAGUAAAGUGUAAUGAAAUAUUGGACCAAUGUCCACAAUGAAAGGCUCGCUUAACAAAGAAGGCUAAUUUAUGUCAAUAAACCUAGUGUACUGCUGUUGUCAACCAAACAAGGAGUCGCAACUUCUGACCAAAGAUCACAAAACAUAGGUUUGUGAUUCCCAAGCCUGUAGUUGACAUGAUAUUAUAUCUCCUUAGGCGAAGUCUUAGUUCCAGACCCUGAUUAAACUUGCUUUAUUGUAGGAUCUAACAGAGGCCAUGCCCAAGAUUUCUAACAGUAUCAAGUCUGGUGAUUUUGGCGAGUUUGACAAUGGAGUGAAAGAUGCUUCUGUAGCAGUCUGUGCGUUAACUGAGUCUGCUGCACAGGUGAGUUGUCACCGAUACGAAAACUCUGCUUUUCUAUGAACUUCAUCCUAUUUUUGCUUUUCUUUCUCUGACCACAAAAUAUUUUCAUUUUUGCGCCAAUUUCUUCCCUCCGUUUCAGUGUACUUCACCGUAGGGCAAAACGUGUCUUGAGAAAACAAAAGUCCUUCCUGUGUCGGUGAUAUUGCAAGUUUUAAUUGCACUGCAAACACAGGGAUAGGAACCCACUAGUGUCUAUUUUGGAAUGUGGGGAAAACAUAAGAUUAUUAUAGUAUUUAGGCUAGAUGUUUCGGUGUAGGGGCGUGGAUAGUUUUAUAAAAUCCCUUUCUUUCUGAAAUGGCCUUUCGUUUUUCAGGCAGCAUAUCUGGUAGCCGUUGCCGAUCCGUCAAGUGUUGCAGGUAGACCAGGUCUUAUAGAUCAGGCUCAGUUCAUAAACUCAAAAGACGAAAUCCUGGAUGCUUGCCAGAAUCUGCUAAACCCAGAAGCUAGUCAGCAACAGGUGAGCUUCACUGCAGCAGCCACAUUUAGGCGUGAUUCAUGAACUGUUGUUCGCGAAGAAAUAACUACAACUAUUAGAAGGGGUUAAAGAUAGGAUUGUUGGCAGUAUACAUGAAAACACGCAUGGAGUAUCCACAAAAAAGCAGUGUCUAACAAAGUGGGGGCUCCUGAUAACAGCAGGUUAAACAACAUAGCAAUACGCAUCAUCGAGUUAGAGUGUGUAUUUUGCUGCUGUGUUUGCAGUAUACAUAUAAAACGAGUCAAGACAAAAUGCCUUUCGGACUUCCAAUAACCCCAUCUUUUGUUUAUUUAAGUAAAGAUGUAAAAACGUAUUCUCGAGUGCCGUUGAACAAAACCGAAAAGAAGGAUGAUGGAAGAUCAGCCUGUAUAAACGUUGAUAUGGUGCUGUCAAUGUUUCGGCGCAGCCCAGAUUGAAAUACUACAUAUUGAAUUAUAUCAAACUGACAGUAACCGCACCCCACAUCUAUGUAUGUGAAGUACUCUGAGCUUAUUCUCAACCAUUUUCCGGGAAGCAAACGAUUGACAUAAUAAAACGUCAUGGCCGAACGGCAUUGGUACUCCAUGACGAUAGAAAAACACAAUAAAUUUAUUUUAUUAUUAUGGAGCGUCACCCUCUACACUAAAAUGUGGUAUUCUUAGUUUCUCAAUAUCCCCACCCUACAUCUUUGCAAGUAAACUACUCCAGACAUCGGAGUCCUGACGUUUCUAGCACAGACACAGGACACUUGAGUUAAAAAGAAAACAAGAAACACUAAACUUCACUUUCUACGUGUGAGUACGUGAUGUAAUAGUGUACUACAGUUAGUUCGUAAGGUUUGCUGAGGUUUAUAUGUUACAACCUUGUAGCUCCUGUAUGAAUUGCCCCUUUCAUUCUUAGAGUCGAACAUGGAGACAAAAGUUAGAAAAAAGUGAUUUCUUUUGAUACUCUGAUGAGAACAAUUGAUCAAAAGCUCUUUUACAAGAUGAUUUUCCUAUUUUUCUUGGGUUGUUCAAUAUUGGUGUUAAACGUUUUUGGUUGUGGUUGGAUUAACCGUCAACUUGUGCUGAUAGAAUUGAAUCUUCCUUUUGUUGAUAGGUCCUAGGAGCAGCUACUGCUGUUGCUAAACACACAUCAGCUCUUUGCAACGCGUGUAAAGCAGCAUCCGCUAAAACAAGUAACCCUGCAGCAAAGAGACAGUUUGUACAAGCAGCCAAGGAUGUUGCUAAUAACACUGCUAGUUUGGUAAAAAACAUCAAGGUUUGUAUUUCAUCGAUUGGCUGGUCAUGUAAGAGACUGAUGUCUUUACCUCUGGCCCCAGUUGCCCAAAAGGUGGAUAGUGCUAUCCACUGGAUAAAUCUAUAACCAGUGGUAGCAGAAUUGGUUUCCCUGAUACUUAUCCGCUGGAUACGGAUUUAGUCAGUGGAUAGCUCUAUCCAACGUCAGAUCAACCGGGGCCUGACUGCUAUUUUAACUUGAAUAAUUUGAAUGCUGUAUCCCUUGUCAGUAGCUACUUUUCGAUUUGACUGUUUCUAGUCAAGUACGACUCGAGUACAACUUUGAAAUUUGUAAUGAUUGGAACCGGUUUAUAACUUCCCAAGCUUUCACUGAAACUUAAACGCCUUAAUAGAGGGACAGGGGUGACAAGCGAUUAUCCUCAGUAAAAGUAACGAUCUUAGUCGGAAAAACUUGUGUUAAACGGUUAGCCUGUAUUAAGCAGUCAAUUAGCCAUUUCCUAACGGUGACAGCUAUAAAAUGCAGGUUUGACUGUCUUUUGAUUUCUUAUCAUUGCAGGUUCUGGCAGGUGACAUGACUGAGGCUAAUCGUGAGGCAUGUGCUGAGGCCACAAAGCCUCUCAUAGACAGCGUGGAGAGUCUGACAGCUUAUGCGCUGUCACCAGAGUUUGCUCCUCUCCCGGCUAAAAUAAGCGAAGAGGUUGGUGCUGGUAUCUGUUCAAUACCGGUGAAAGCACUGUGAAGCCACCGUAAAGUAAUGCGCAAUUUGAAUAGGCUUAAAAUCGUGAAGUUUUUUUUUGUACUUUAUGCAUUUGGCAAACACAUUACAAAAGAACUGUCAAGCAUUAAAAAGUCACAUUUUGUGGAAAAAGGAGCUGAUUUUAAUGUACACUUUCGCCCGGUUAUUGGACGGAUUUGUGCGUGGUAAUGUGAGUAAUGCUUGAAGAGCGGCCAUUACAACUCUAUCCCCGAGAAAAGCAGCUGGUAAAGCAGUAUCACAAUUCGUGGAUUUUACAUCUUCGUUUUAGAUCCCAAAUGUCAUUUACACAGGGCUCGUACAGAGUCUUGGAUUCUUGAAAAAGUCUUAAAAUUUGAAAGCCAAUUUUCCAGCCUGGUAAAAGUCUGGAAAAUGAAGAUAAACUCUGGAAAAUGGUUAACAGUUUGGAGUGUUUGUUUUCUUUCUCAAAACUGCAUUGCAAUUUGAUACUUUACAUUUGCAUGUCAUCAUGGGAAAACGUUGAUUCUUUUUUUGUCCUUGUUUCUUUCUACCGCUUUAUUGAUAACGCCCUGUCUGGAAAAGAAAAUAGUGUUUUAGAAAAAGUCCGGUGAAAGUCUUAAGUUUUGGAUCUUAAAAUCUUUACGAACCCUGUUUACAGUCCUGUAGCAAACAGUUUUUUACUUUAUACAGGCUCGUUCAGCUCAAGUCCCUCUGAUUAUGGCAGGCAAGUCCAUGGCUACUUCCAGUACAAACUACUUCAAUGUCGCAAAAGCACUUGCUGUCAAUUCUAAAGAUCAGUCUGGCUGGCAGCAACUUGCUCAACAGGCCAAGGCUGUGUCAGAUGCCAUGAGAAGGCUUAUUACUGCUAUUAAGUAAGUGGUCCCGUAGCAAAUAAGACAGACUUUUAGAUUCUAAGACGAGGAGGACUACGAGUUCGAGAUUUUAGAGGGUUUGGAGCUUUAAAUGAAACAAUUUGAGAAAGAAAUUGUUUGUUUUGUUGAUCUCUCUUUUGUCAUGUGAAAUCAGUUUUUAAAAACCAUUCUUAUGACGAGAGGGACUGCGAGUUAAAAUGUUGUGUCUAUUUUUGCAGAGACAAUGCCCCAGGUCAACGAGAAUGCGAUGAAGCCCUUCAACAAAUAAGCCAGACAAUAAAUCAGUUGGAUCAAGCAUCUCUAGCUGCCAUCAGUCAACAGCUAGAACCAAGACCUGAAAAUUCACUACAGGUGAUAUUUCUUGAAAGUCUGCCUUGACAUUGAGGUUGAUUUGGCUUUACUGCUGAUUUGUGGAAUUAGCGAAAAAGCAUGUAAUUGUUUGUGUGCAAAACCAAGCAAAACGCCCAUCAGAUUACUAGCCUACAGAAUAGCUGCAAUUUUUUUUGCGCGUUUUUCAGGCGUAGCAAAACACAAAGCGGGCAUCCCUUCCCCCGUCGCGCGUGUCUCCCGCGUGUCUCGGGCUCCCCGCUCGCAGCAUGAAAUGCUUCCCUUCGCUGGCCUAAAAAACGUGAAAAAAUGACGCCAGUUUUGCAGUCUAUCAGAUUACAGAUUACUGAUUUAAAUCCCUUCGUUCGUUGGUUAAAAAAAAGAAAACAAAUCGCUUUGCUCAGGCAAAAAGGGAGCUGCUUACCCUUCAGAAUGGCGUUUAACAUGUGUGAUGCCCAACAGGAAUACACGUUCGUUUUUGACGGAAAAGUGCGACGAAGCUUUGGGAGGGAAAGUGUAACUUUGUGGAUGUGUUUUGUCAUCAGGGAUUCCAAGAGCAAAUGAUGCAGAAUCUGAGUCAAAUGACAGAUGUUAUCGAUCCGUUAGCUACAGCAGCUAAAUCUGAACCAGAGAACAUUGGUCACAGGGUAUGUAAAUUAACCGAAAGUUAUUUUACAGAAUAAAUGUGCAAUGUUAUGCGAUUUAUAGGUAUGAGAAUGAUGUUUUUUUUUUUACGAGCCUGGCAAAACAAAGAAACACAAUUGAGUCGAACCUAUAAAUGAAAAUCUAAAAUGGGUUAGUCAUCAGCCUACUCUGUAGGCGUGUCUCGAAAACAAAGAACCUAGGACCUCGAAAACGGUAAGAGCUGUAGACAACGGAUUAUAAAAACUCAGACCUCAAUAUACUUUUGUUGUUGUAAUGAGAUGCUGUUUCGACGCCCUUUUGUCAAGGUCUUAGGUCUAAGCUUUCAAUACCUUACUCUGCACCGCGCAAUUCCUCGAACAUUCUUUUCUAGUUGUUUUACUGGAACUACAUUUGUAACUCUUUUUGGCGUAUUCCUUUAAACUAAUCAUGUGAUCAAGCGACCGCGGAAGGAUUAGCUCAGUCGGCAGAGCGCUUGACUGUAGAGCGAGAUGUUGAGGGUUCGAUUCCCGGGGCCGGACCGAUACUUAGGGUCUUAAAGUAACGAACGCUAGACCUUUGCGAGGCUCGGAUACCACGUAAAAUGGCAGUCCCCUCUUCAUUAGGAAACGUGAAAACAGUGUCCCCAGUUAAGGUUGAUUUCCACUGACGCGUUUUUGGCUACGCACGUUAACGCACAUGAAUUUUAACCAUAGGUAAAUAAAAUAGAGAUAAAAGUGCUGAGCUUAAACGAGAAGUUAAGCGAGGUUCGACUUUUAUGCUUACGAGUAACCUUUCAUGCAUUGCCUCUAUUUAUUUCCGAAAGUAAAUUUUACGCACGUACGCACGUAAAAAUUACGCGACACUGGAAAUCAACCCUUAUUAAGUACAUUGACACUCAAAGUUCGUUUCUUUUCUAUCGUUCGAUAUAUUACAGGUUGCACAGGUGUCGAGUUUCUUAGCUCCGUUAGCUGAUCUAGCAGUGGGUGCCGCAUCACGCAUGGCAGAUGUUCAGCGUAAGGUUGACUUGUUAGAUCAGGCCAAGACUGUCGCUGAGUCAGCCGCUCAGCUCAUGUACGCUACUAAAGAAGGUGGUGGAAACCCCAAGGUGAAUUGAAAAUCUUCAUUAUGUUUGCAAAUUGCUCCUAAAUUGCUAAUUCGGCAACAGAUAAUUCAUACCUGUAGAUAGCAAUGUGACACACCUAGCACCCGAACAGCCAGUAGUGGUCCUCCCCUCUUAAACCUUGACGUCCACGCCCUACCUAAGCAUUUCAUUAAAGAGGCUAUGUCACGCUAUUUGAUCUCUUUUUAAAAAUAAACAAGAACUUUUUUCUCCUCAAUUGAUCCAGUUUUGUUAUUCAUGAAGGUAUUUAGGCACUAAAACUCUUUCCUGUAGUCUAUUAGAAUAGUCAUCUAUUGAAACUUGAAAAGGGUUUGGCCAACGUUUUCACAAUUAAUGCUGUGUGGUCGAGACAGCAGCAAAAAUGUAGAAAUUUUCAAAAAUAAUGCGACUUUUUUAGAUUUUAACAAAGGUGUUUCGACGGUACAUCCGUCAUCCUCAGUGUGACGGUUAUGAAAGUUUACAGCGAUAAAACGUGCCUGUUACAAUUUAUUCGUCACUUUGCUUUGGAAAACAAUACGCUAUGUAAAUGUUAAAGUUAACGGAGUUAAUGCGUGCACGCAUCUAUAGAGAAUGCUAUGUCUGCCAAAAGUCGCCAAAAAAAUUAUUGUGGUUAUUGCUCCCUGGUAAAAUUUCCUUGGUAUCUUCUUCAUGACUUUACAGGAACAUUUUGUUUAUGGUUAAGGGCAUCAAGUAAUGAUUUAAGCACAGAGUUGACCUAAAACAGCAAUAUACCCUUGACAUAGCCCCUUUGAGAAUAGCCCCUCUAGAGCUGAGUAACUUUUAUUUGAGUGUAAAAGAAUGAAUGAGUGAGUUUAAAAAUAAACAAUGGUGCUGCGUCGGUUGGUGGGGUAAAACACAAGAAUUUGGUUUCAUAAGCUAAGUUGACAAAAAAGUAAAUUUACCAAUGAUUCAUAAGCUGACUUUUCGAGUGCCAUCCCUUCGUCAGGCGAAUACGCUUCACUUUGAAUAGGAUUGUGUGAGCACACCAUAGUUAAUAGUUUCUGAGCGACUGUUGCCAAACAGCACUAUUAAUCGUGCAGUGUUGGUCUGCUUCUUUUGUACAAAUUCUUAACGAAAGCGAAUCUGGUAUUCUCUUCAUAAGUGCCAAAUAAGAUGUACGGAGAACAUUGUAGGGAAUGUGCGCUUUGAUAUAAGGCUUCAUGGUUAAAUGAAAUAGUUUGAGUUAAUAUUAAUCACCUGUAAUGAUGUUACAGAGUGUUCACAGUCAUCCGGAUAUCGAUGAGGCCGCCCAGGGAAUGAAAGAAGCUGUGAAAGAUCUUGGACAGACGUUGGAAGAGGCAGCCAGCGAAUCCGGCGUGGUAUCCGGUUUGAUUGACAGUAUUGGAAAAGCAGUGGCUGAGGUGGGUUAACUUAUGUAUCACGAGAUGAAGUUGACCGGACUGCUAGCAGUCCCUCGGGAUUAUCGCGUGUGCGAGCAUGUUACGAGCGAGCGAGGUAUGCGCGCGAGUCCCUUUUUGACUGGUUUACUCUUUCCAGUCCCACCAAGUUUCAACUGACAGACUGAAAAGGGACUCCUCGUAGUCAAGUGAUAACCCGAUAGUUAUUUAUGGCUUGCGAUUCAGAUCUAGACAAAUCUGUCUAAGUUAUAUUUUCAUUUCCAGGAUUAUGACUUCACUUUACUAGCAUUAUUAAUUGAAAGCGCAUGGAUGACUAAAGAAAGAAACCGUUAAACGGAACAGUUUAGACAGUCAAAUAAAACCUAACCUUCCCUGUUAACACUGUCAGUUUUCUCCUUUUGGCUUGUUUUGUCAGUGUUGGGAAGUGAUGAACAAUAUCCUCUCUCCCCAAUUAACGGUUCUUUUUCUCGCGUUAUGUCAUUUAAUCAUGUUGGACUACCUCGAAAUGACAUUAACCCUUUUAUCCCCAAUAUCCACAUACAAAUUCUCCAAACUGAUCUUUAUACAUUUCCUUAAAGAAUUAGUUGAGAGAAUUUGACAAAAGAUCAAAGCAUUUUCCCUUUGGUGAUCAUUUUAUUGAUUCUGAUAACCUUUACUCUUGAUGAUCUGCUGAUGUUGUUAGGAGAAAAUUGAUGUUGGUCACUGUUGGGACUAAGUGGGUUAAAACUUGCUUUCUCUUUAUCAUAGAAUAGGCAUGUGUCUGACCAGAAUCUUUCUGUGGGAUUUGUAAAAGGUCUUGCUUUGUUUGUAGAUCAGUCAGCCGCUGAGUGAUGACCGUGCGGAGAGUGCUGAUGUUAUUGAUGAACCGUUUGUGAAUUACCAAGAGAGAAUGACUCGGGCCAUGAAGGAACUGACCAGGAAGGGACACGAUAUGGUGAGAUUUCUCAGAUCAAAAUGAGAAAUAAUCUUAUCGUUUUAGUCUUCAGUCUGUAUUGCUGUCUACUUUUCAUUAUCUCACGAGAGAUGUUGUUUAAUUUGUUUUCUUGUUAUAUUUGGUCCAACUGUGCAUAUUUCCAGCUUUAGAGCCUUCCACAGUUCAGUGGCAGAGAAUUGUAAACUGGCAAAUCAUUGACCGACGUGACACUUAUUUUGCUAUCAGAUAUCGCACAGUUUACACGAAAAAGAUUUAGCCGAAGUUUUCCCUCAGUUGUCCUUUUAAGAAAGUUGGCUCGUUAUCAUUUCGCGACAACGACGUCGAAGCGUCGUCAUUUCUUCAUUUUGCUCAAAAAACUACAUUGAAAGUCGCUGGGCUGUAACCAGAAAUACUUUAUGACUGAAGAAACCAAUAUGAAAAACCAGUAGGUUUAGCAGGUUAUGCCUUUAGGCUCGCUGAAUAAAUAAUCCCUAGUGGGCUUUAAGAACUGUCAAGCACAAUCUACAGCGGAUGAUGUGGGGGAGCCAUGACAAAAGGCUUGUGUGCCAACAUCAUGUUUACUGGAUUUGUGUUUUAGGUCGGUAAAUCAACAACUGAUCCAACCAAACUUGGUCCGCUGGGAAAAGACAUCAGUAAAGUUUACAAUGAUAUUGCAAAGGACACUAAAGGUGCUGUCAAGACAGUUGGCAACCCAGAGGUAUGCGCUGUAUAGUAGCACUUAUUACAAACCCACAGGACUUUGGCGGGAAUCCUCGUGAAUAACAAACUUAACGACAAUUCUGUCUAUUACUGGGCCGUAGCCGUAAUGCUUAAAUGUGCAUGGCGGCGUUACAAACAGACGGGCUUGUGCUAAGGUACCGCCUUGAGACCUGUAGAUGGACAAGGUGAACAUAAAUACCUAUACCCGAUAUCGUGGGUGGUAGAAGUUUUUUUUUCCAUGAUUUGCGUGGAGUUCCUAAUAAUAAGCUACUCGUGGCUUUUCCAUCCUUUUUGAAAUGACUGGUGAAUAACGUGGCGAGGAAUUAUGUUGUUUCAGAUUGCGCAUCGUAUUCGCACUGGUGUACAAGGUUUGGGCGAGGCGUGCAUCAGCUUGAUUCAGAGUGGAGGAGCUGUGCAGAGCAGUCCCAAGGAUCCUUUCUCUAAACGAGAACUCGCUGAAAACUGCCGACAUAUGGCAGAAAAGGUAACUUGUCAUAGUUGUUAAUGACAAAAAAAGGGUUCAGCAAAGAGUUUUACGGAGCAAACUUCUUUCUUAAUUGUGUGAACGAGCUUAUCGGUUACGUGAUCGCUCAUCACGUGACUAUUGUGAAGCUCCUUAUACAACAUGUAUGUCAAGGCUGUGUAUCACAUGACUGAGAUAACUAUGAGCUUACAACGUCGAAUUAUUUUGCUGGGCAAAACUCUUUACUUUGAAAGGAGAAGCGUGCAUUGUUGCGUUCCUUGUUGUGGAGUUUUAUUUAAGACAAACCUCCGCGAAAGUGAAUGAUCAUGUUGACGGUUUUCGUCAUAUUGUGCUCGGAAAUAUAUAAGUAUCAUUUGGUUUGUUUGUUUCGAUUGACUGAAAGGCAAAAAGUGCAAGAGAGUCAGUUUCUCGUUGUAACACAGAACCCAAGAAACUUGAUGGCGACACUUAAUCAAAACUCGCUCACUACAAGAGGUCACAAGAAUGUCACUGUUUUUGUACAACGCGAAAUAGAAAUGUCAGCACGAAUUUUAAGAGGCAUAUUCAGUGCUGGUCACUUUGGUCAACAACUUCAAUGCAACGUCAGGUGACUUUUGAAGACGAGGGACCAUGGAUACAUCAAGUUAAUGGCUAUUUUAUUUCAUAUUUUAUCAUUUUGCUUGUCAGGUUUCUCAUCUCCUCGCGGCUCUCCAACAAGGCUCACGUGGAACUCAGGCCUGCAUCAAUGCAGCGAGCGCGGUACAAGGAAUAGUAGGGGACCUGGACACUACUGUGAUGUUUGCGGCAACUGGUACGCUGCAUCCAGAGACAGAAGGCGACACAUUUGGUGAUCACAGGUUUGGUUCAGUUCCCACUACCCUUAUUUGGGGCCUUGACACGGAGCUUUAGCAUCUACGGCGGCGACGGUAGCGAAAACGUCACGCAAAAAGUGAAUUUGCGCUGCUUCAAACUACUUCGCUCUUAUUCCAUCUCGUUCAAUUUGUCAAAUUUUGGCGAAUUUUUCUGGAGUAGAAUUCUAAAAGUUUGUAUCUAAAUUCCGAAAAAGAAAACGUAAGUCGUUUUCGCGUGUUCACGUCCUAACAAAACGUGAAAUUAGAAAGUUUCACGUGGUAGUCGUGCGACAAUGGCAAAGAAACGUACAGAAAAGCGUGAUUCACGUGCAGAGUUGUUUUGCCUAUCUAAACCUAUGGCUUUUUUGCCGUCGUCGUAGUUGCAGCUGAAACUCCCUAUCCGACGACGACCACUACCACAACGGGGAUAUAGAAACGAUAAGAUUAAUACCCAAAACAUUAUUUCUGCGUGUACAGUUUUUGUGUACUUUUCUUUGCCCUCACUGCACGACCUCGAGGUGAAAAUGCCUAAUUUCACGAAUUAUGGAGGACGUAAACAAGCGGCGACGAAAUAUAUUCAGUAAGCGAGCCGAAAUAAUCGUGAUGAAGAUUGAAAGAUUUUUAGCGACGGUUUCGCGGCCUUCACCGUCUUCGGAUCUUAAGGGCCCUGGAAAUGCAUUUUUGAACGUUGGUCAUGGUCGUCAGUGAUGGGUCUUGAUUCAACAUAGAAUUAUUUGAGUAUUUUUUUUUAUGUUACAGUGUCACCAAGUUACAAAUGCUGACCCAAACUGACCUCCUGUCUCAAUUUCGUUGUUAGUAAAGCACUAUGAAGCACAUCUGGUGAAAAACCACUACCUUCGUUUAUUCAUGGUUAUGGUUAAUGUAACUGCUUAAUAUUUCCGUGAGCAUAGCUAAGAGUUUCUUGUAAAAACAGUUACGUAUAGACGGUUCAUCGUAUACUGUAGUUUUCCAUAAAAUAGCGUAAAAGAGGUUCAUUGCGUAAACCUGGUUAUGUGGUCGUUUUCUUUAUGCUUAGUCCCCGCGGGGGGAUGCUGCUAGGUAGCUUGCACUUGGGGCACGAGACUCCGUUAAGGGUACCGGAUACGUUCAGGUGCAGGAACGUCUGACGAAGCCCUUGGCCUGCUACACCGCUUAUUUUUUUACGUGCCACGCGAGGUUCUCCCCACGUGCGUCCUCGAAUUUUUUUCAUUCGUUCUAACUAAACCGGAGUCUGCUACGCCGGCUACUCGCCUGCGUGGGAGGCUACCAGUGAUGUUGCCCGACUUUGCUUUCGAAAACUGUUUCGGACGCUCGCAUUCAAAAAAAUAAUUUUAAAACAUCGACAUUGCCUAAGACAGCCUGUUCAAAAAGCUUUAAUUUGAUAUAUUUGAGUAGGCUUUGAGGUAUUGCGGGCAGUUUAACCGGAACGGGCUACAACACUUGCACGUGAGACACCCUUGAAAUUCGGUAACCUUAAGACUGCAUUCCAUCCCACUGACUAAAGCAAAAACUAACAAAACCGCUACAAACAAUACUUUACUUAUCUGGCAUUAUUUUUAAUCCCUGUAGAGAGGCUAUCCUUCGAACAGCUAAGACUCUAGUAGAAGACACCAAGAACCUUGUCUCAGCAGCACAGGCAUCCCAAGAUGUGCUGGCUUCGGCUGCCCAGUCUGCAGUUGGUUCAGUUUCUAAUUUAGCUGACAAUGUCAAGUUAGGAGCCAUUGCUCUUGGAUCCGAUGAUAGUGAUGCUCAGGUAUAAAUCUCAUUGUCAGUGUCAAAAUACUCUAGUACAUAGAUUUGUUUAUGUAACAAUUUGGCCAGAGUUGUUCAAAAGGUGGAUAGGGGUUGGUUUCCAUUGUCGCGUAAUUUUUCCGUGCGACCACACGUAACAUGUACGUGUGUCAGUGAAGUAGAGGCAAUGUAUGGAAGGCUACGCGUAAACGUAAAAGUUGAGCGAGGUUCAUCUUUUACGUUCACGCGUGACCUACCAUACUUUGCCUUUAUUUUUUUACGCGUGUAAAAUUUACGUGCGUUCGCACGUAAAAAUUUCGCGAUAGUGAAAAUCCACCUUAACGCUAUUCACUUGAUAAAUCUCUAUCCAGUGGAUAGUGCAACUGGUUUACCCAACACUUAUGCUGGUUAGCGAUUUAUCCGGUGGAUAGCGCUAUCCAGCGUUUGAAGAAGCGGGCCUGUAGUGGGAUUCCUUUCUGAGUUGAAAACAGUAGUAGUAUUGUUAGUGUUACGGACAGAUGCAAUCACCAGUUGACGUGUAACAAACGUUUGAAAACACAACAAUGCCCACACUACAAAACAAAAGCGAACCAGUAAUAGUUUUCGCAACUCCAAGAAAUUUCCGAAAACACUGUUGAAUGCUUAUAAUUUGUGUAUUUUCUAUAACUGGCCCCCCACAAUUCCUUUACUAAUUUGUUUGUUUCUUUUUUCUUUUCUUUUUCUUUUUUUUUUUUUUUUUCAACAGCAAAUGUUAUUGAACGCUGCUAAAGACGUAGCAUCUGCCUUAGGUGCGCUGAUUAACGCCACCAAGAAUGCUUCUGGUAAGCCCAACAGUGACCCAGCCACAGAGGUACUCAAGACAACUGGAAAGGUGAACGAUAAUUUAUCUUGAUAUCGAUAGUUACGAUGCGUUUUGUGAUCUGUUAGUCAUGUCGUGUUGUCGUGCCCUGUUAUGAUAUGUCAUGUCAUGUUUCUGUAUGCCAUGGGUUGAUUGUGGCCGGUUUAUUUUUCAGACAAUGGUCGCAAGCGUGUCUUCCCUUCUCAAAACUGUGAAAAGCGUGGAGGAUAAAGCCCUACGUGGCACCAGAGCGUUAGAGUCUACUAUAGAUGCCGUCAAACAGGCUGUACUUGUAAGUUGGAUAGUUUGAACAAUGUAUAAUUUUUGCUUGUUUCAGUUUUGUAAGGUUAGUGGCGGUAGAAUGGGUGUUUUGCAAUAGUUGGUCACGCGAUCAACCACCUGUAAACACGACAACAAUUCGCUUUGAAAAAAUGAUAUAAGCAGGAUAUGAAAGAACUGUAAAUUUUCAGCUGUAUACCUAAAAAUGAGCGAUAGCUACGGCCGCCAAAAAUGAGAAGAAUUUUUUUGGGUAAAAUAACUCUUGUCACCCAAUCGCAGUUGAGUAGUUUUCCAAACAAAGCCUUGUAAAUUUUAAAAUAUUGAAACAGUCGUAAAAUCUUUUCCUUGCGCAGUUCAGGGCUCAUGUCUGAUAUGAACAAAAGAAAAUUUGAACCCCGUAAUACGUAGGGGAAAUAUUUUACGACAGUUUGAAAAUUUCAAAAUUUACAAGGAUUUGUAUGGAAAACCACUUAGCUGUGACUGAGUGGCAAAAGUUUUUUUUCCCAUGCAAAUCCGUCUAAUUUUUGGCUGCCGUUGCAAUCGCUACAGAACAGAAUCAACCGUUUCACGUUCCAAAACUGGUUUAAGAAAUGAAGUAAAACCUUUUCUCCUGGCUCCGUUUUUAGGUAGUUCAAAAUCCCUCCAUGCCUGUUCGUGACGCCACACCUGAAGAACUUAUAAGAAGCACCAAAGAUGUAACCUUGGCAACGGCUAAAGCAGUAGCUGCUGGGAAUUCUUGUCAACAAGACGAUAUCAUCACAGCUGCAAACAUGGGCCGCAAAGCAGUCACUGAGAUGCUGAUCAUCUGCAAGGUAAGUUAAAACUACAAUGCAAUUAAGUCUUUCUGGAUUGUAACGUGGCUUAAAACUACAAUCAUGGACAGAAGUCUUGGGACACUUACAUUUCUGGAGCGUUUUCCAGUUCACACAGGUCCAACCCCUCCCCUCACCCCACAAACAGUGUUGGACGCGUGUAUCCAGAAUUUUUUCCGAGUUUCAACUUUGCAUAGGGUGGGGGAAGGUAGAACUGUAAGAAAUUUCGAAAAGGGUGCACUGUUUUAAGAGGGAACCGAGAAUUGACCGAAAAAUAUGAAUAUUUCAGUACUGUCCCAAGGACUUUUGUCCAGGAUUGUAGCGUUCACAAGUAACCAUGAGUUGCAUUUGACUACCUUGUUGUAUGCGUAUGGUGUUACCCGACAUAAAUAUCGUGUUGCAAUAAAUGCGGUAUUGUUGCGUAACGUGAAGGUUACGAGAUUGACCAAUAUCAUUUUGAUUGUUUGUUUAUUAGGCUGCCGCCCACAAGGCAGACAAUAAUGAAGCUAGGACCCAGGCCCUUAGGAGUGGAAUGGAGUGUGGCGCUGCGUUUGGAGAAAUGUUGGAUCUUGUUCAUAAUGUAAGGCUUGUAGAUCCUUGGCUACAAAAAGACGGUAUUAGGAAAAAAAGGUGUUAAAGGGUAUAUUAGAAACCAUCACCUUGACUCCUUGUGCCUCCUAAAAAAUGUUGUAAUAUAUUGAAGGUUUAUGUUUUACUUGACGAGUUGAUCUUGAUUUGUUGGGUUCAUCAACAGAUUGUACAGAAACCGACCCAGGAGAAGAAACUAAAGCUAACACCGCAAUCCAAGCUUGUGGCUGACCAUGUUGCUAAACUCGUGCAUUCUGCUGAGGCCUUAAAAGGUACAAAACCAUUAUAGUAGCCUUUGAUAAUGAGAUGUCAGAGGAAAACUGAAAUAAUCUUUCACACUUAAAAUGUCGUUUUAAUGUCAGAAGAUACAUAAUUCAUGCAGUAAUAAGUUUGUUAGAGUAAAAACGAGGUUUGGGCCCUUCUCAGUGUUAAGCUGAAACUUUGAAUGACGUUGGCCGUGAUUCUCGUCUGUACCUGAGCAAACCCCCCGCAACCCACACCCCACCCUCCACCCCUCGCUAGACUGCGCAAUCUUUUCGUCUUGUGACAACAGUCUUAACUAUAACACACGAUCCUCAGUUGAGAAUGUAUUGGAAGUACCCAAAUUCCGCUCAAUCUCUGGCCUUCAAACUUUUCAUGUAAGUGGAACUCAUCUUUGGAACAGUUCAUGUGACAAUGCUCUAUUAUAAUUGCACAUAAGAGAAAUUUUAGUAAACUCUUAGCGAACACCAUAUUAGACAGUAUGUCAAAGCCUAUACCACUGGAUAUUUUAAGUAUUUCAGUCAUUUUUUAUGGGGUUUUCUUUUGGGCCAUGGUGUAAACUACUGUUUUAACACUAAUUUGUAUUCACCCGAUGAAGGUUCAUUAGUUUAUCUCUCCUCUACCGCUCUUGUACUUCUUCAUUGUUAUUACUUUCCCCAAGUUAUCCUUGCCUCCUUAAAUGCUCAUCACAGUAUGAUGUACUUGCUUUCAGGUGCCGACUGGGUCAAUCCUGAAGAUCCUAAUGUUAUUGCUGAGAAUGAACUUCUUGGUGCAGCUGCUGCCAUUGAGGCAGCUGCCAGAAAACUGGCCGAGCUAAAACCAAAACCCAGACCCAAGGUACAACAGUCUCUCCUUAUUUCUUUUGCAAUGUUAAGGACCCUUCCUCUUUCUUUGAAUGCUCACAAUAUUGGUUUGGUUAGGUAUGUCACUGUUUAAAAGUUCUAAUAGUCUAUUUAUCUAAGCAAGUGUGCCGUUCCCAGAAUUUAAAUUCUUUAAAGAGGAUUUUUUUGGUAUGCAUUACUAAAUGAAUUCAAUUAAAUUUAUCACUGAUUGGAAUACGCAGCAAAUUUAGUUGACUUGUCAUUACUGAAGCCCUUUAACUAACUGUGUUGUCGAAUUGAAACCAAAGAAAGCCUAAUGCCUAUAUAGUAAGCCUAAUAUCUUUAUAUUUCCUCACAAUGAUUAGUUAAACUUGCUUAUUUUGUUUUCAUUUCAUCUUGUUAAGGAGGCAGACGAGUCGCUCAACUUCGAAGAGCAGAUUUUAGAAGCCGCCAAAGCUAUCACGGCCGCAACUGUGGCACUAGUCAAGUCUGCAUCAGUCGCACAAAAGGAAUUAGUGGCAACUGGAAGAGUAAGUUACUUUUAUACCCAAAAUCCUCUAUAAAGCCCUCUCCAGUGAGCAAUUAGCCUGCGAAGGCAGACGUAUUUCCGGUCAUCGCUUCGUCGAGUGAAGCGACGACCGGAAAUACGUCUGCGUUCGCAGGCUAGGGACCUAUUUAUUUUAAGCACGUUUGGGGGGGGGGAUUAUUUAAGAGAUGGGGCUCAUUUGGUUUAGCGAAGGUGAUGGUAUCAGUUUUCCAUAAAAAAAAAAAAAAAAAAAAAAACGAAAACUUAAAUUGGAAAAGCUCAAGUACAUGAAGUUGAAGCUCAUCUAGUCGAAGAUCAAAAACAAAUCCGGACUUCCAGCGCGUCAAUAAACCAUACCGGAUCAGUCCACGUGAAGUGUUACAUUUGCGGUUAAGUAAUACAGGCUAUCCUUGAUUUAUUUCGUCGUGAAGAGUGAUAUGUGGGAAGGGGGCGGGACUUAAUAGAGAAUUUACGGUACUUAAAAUUUCCUUGCGGCUACCUGGUAGUUGAUGAUUUCUUUUGAUAAUGCUAUAUUAACAUUUAUCAUGAUAAAUAGUAUAAAUUAUGCCUUGCCAAUGUGGUAACUUAGUCGAUAGUUAAUUAAAAUCCCCGAACUUUUGAUCACUGUAUUUUAGGUGUGUUCUGCGUCCACUGACCCCAAUGAAGAUGGCCAGUGGUCUCAAGGACUGGUCUCUGCGGUAAGUGACAUCUACCGUCUGUCUUUUGUUUGGUUUUACACACGACGAGGACGAAUUUGAACUUGUUCAAGUACAGUCCUCAAUCAUUCACCGCCCGGAAAAUUCGCCUACAUUUUACAAAUCAAGCGAGACUAAAUAAAGGCGUUAGAGUUACAUUAAGCUCUCUAAUAUCUCACAGCAAUAAAGGAUGAAUUGAGAAAGGUCUUUAAACGUAAGUCGAUACAAAUAAUGCUCAUUUUUUAAACAUACUGUACUGAGGAACACUCACCUAAAUGCUGUGUCGUAAAUUUGCAUAUCACAUUAAAUAGUGCUUUGUACGGUAUUAACACACUCGUUGUUUUUGUAUUAGAAAUCUCACUCGUUUGCUGCGCUCUCAAGAGGCUAGAGGUGCUCUCGGCUAUGCCUCCAGCAACUCUUACGCCUCUUUCUUGCUCUCCAAACUUUCCGCGUGCUCAAUAUCUCGACAUUGCACGCUGGUGCAUUAAGUGGUUGUUAGAUGUAUUUGUUGUCAUAUGAUUUUGUAAAACACCAAAGUUUGCAGUUAGGGUAGAUAAGUCAAGUUGUUUCCAGUAUUAACCGAAACAUGGUCACGUGUGUUGUGUUGCAGGCGCGGAUGGUAGCAGCAGCCACCACGACAUUGUGUGACGCUGCAAAUGCUGCUGUUCAAGGCAACGCAAGUGAAGAGAGGUUGAUUGCUGGUGCUAAACAAGUUUCUAAUUCUACCGCGCAACUGCUGCUGGCUUGUAGAGUGAAGGCCGAUUCCAACAGUGAGGCACAGAGGAGACUUCAGGUAUGCACUGUAACGUGGCUUCGGUUAAUUGCUCCAAGACUCUUUAAAGUGAUAGACAAGAGCGUUCGAAGUACCGUAAAAUUCCGAAAAUAAGUCCCUCCAUGUAUAAGCCCCUCCAAAUAUAAGCUCCCCCGGGGGCUUGUACUUCGAAAUUGCCUUCAAAUACAAAGUAAAACAAAGCAAAAACGGUAAAUUUACUUCCAACUAUAAGGCUAGCCCAAUCGAUUUUGAAACGCAAACUUCCCUCCGUAGAUAAGCCCUUCCGAAUAUAAGCCCCUCCAAAAAUAAGCCCCUCAAAAAGGGCCUUUGAAAAAUGUAAGCCCCGGGGCUUAUUUUCGGAAUUUUACGGUAUUUCGCGUGGGCCCUUUUUUACUACUCUUAAGGACGGUGUCUAGCGCAUUUGCUUUUUUUAGCUUUCACGUGUUUGAUGCUAAGGGCGCUUUCAAUUUGUGAGAACUGGCCGGCCGGACCAGUCAGUUAGCAAAUGAAAUCGGCUUUUUCCAAGGGUUUUUGCUGAAAAACCAUCUCCUUCGUGCAUACUAUUUAGAAUUUGACUGAUCUGGCUGGAUAGUUCUGAUUAAAAGUGAAAUUCUCGUUAUGACGGGAAUGGUCUGGCCGGUCAGUUCUGACAAAUACAAAAAGCGUCCUAAGUUUUCAUUGGCCUCAUUUGGCCAAUGGACUACAAAAGACGUAAAAAGGUGUCUCAUGAACUUGCGGAGGGUUGAGAGUUUAGAGAUUGUUUGAAUAGGCGAUAUACAUGACAACUCUGUCAGAACUCACCACUCACAUUACACACGCAAUCAACGGAACUGUAGAAAUUUUGAGAACAUAUAUAAAUCUAACGAGCUGCGAAAUCUAGUCAAAUUAAUUCGCGACCAUGGAAUCGAGUAGAGCUUCGCAUAUUUCAGGUUUAGCUUUAGCCGGUACAAUUUCAGAGAAGCUAGUAACCAUCUGUUGCCUAGAACGGUUGGUUUUGAUGACUAUCUUAUUUGUCUGCAGACCGCUGGCAACGCUGUGAAAAGAGCGGCAGAUAAUUUGGUUACCGCAGCGAAAAACGCCGCCAUUUUUGAAGAACAAGAGACCACAGUCAUCAUUAAUCAGCGUUUUGUUGGGGCAAUGGCACAAGAGCUGGAGGCUCAAGAAAAAAUCCUGCGUAUCGAGAAAGAGCUGGCGGCCGCAAGGAGUAAACUGAGUCAAAUAAGACAGGCCAAAUACAGGGCUGAAGACGACGAUUGAUGCAAACAUGUCUGAAGUAGAAUGUAGUCGGUGACUACGUCGAAGCAGUUAUUGAAGUUCCAGGAAAGUGUGCAGUCGCUAGCCGGCAGCUUGAAUUUAGGCAAUAAUUGUUACCAAAGAGGAUGUCAACAAAUAGCUAAAAUUUAUAAAGAAUAAGGAGCAACUAAGAAGGCCCAAAUCAGCCUUUCUCGAGUUGUUUGGUUUCUGUGUAUAGUUAGGGUCUCUGUUUCCUUUCAUGUUUUCUAUAAAAAGGCAAACAAUAUUGGUUGGUUUUGUUAAGUUCAAUGCCAAGGUCUCGUAUUAUUACAAUGCCGUUGACAAGAAGUUGAAAAAACGAUGAAUUUAUCAGCAUAAUUAGCUGAGUGCCAGCCCGUGGUUUGAGCCCUAAAUUUAGUUACUUAGUAAUAUUUCAUUUUUCAAUUAGCAAAAAUUGAGUGUUCAUUCUUCAAACGACUGUUAAGUUUGGGUCGCUAAUUGCGGAGAAACAUACUAAAAAGACCACAACCCAUCUAAAUUUUUACUAGGAAAGACAUUAGAUAAUGAACUACACGCGAACACUGUGGAUAAUAGUACUUAGUAAACAAAGUAUUUUAUACAAAACAAUGCUACUUAAAUGAAAAUCCGAACAUUACCAACAUAUUGGACGGGCAUGUACGCUUACAGAGAGUUUUAAGUGAUGCAUUGCUGAAGAGAAUAAAAACAAUUUUUAGUAAAAGAAUUAAAGUUGUUUCUGAAG